UGGUCAUGCAGCAUCAGGAAGUGAUGUAUGUGCUGUGUUGGUGACCCUGUGCAGUGUGCUGGCUGCCAGUCCCCUGCAGGGACAAUACAGGCAAUAAGUACAUGGUGCAGCUCAGUGACAGGUCAGUAAUUACAGGGGGUCUGUCUGAGGGAUCUACAAACCCUGGAGUGAGAGAGGAGUUUAUCAGUUUGGGAUGAACCCCUGCUCUAGCAUCUGGUGGUGGGGGAAGGUAAACAUUAUACCUCUUGCCAAGCAGCUGCUGGGCUGCCUUUUAGUUAUCACAUAGAUGUUUCAUUGUCAUGUAGUGAUAAAUAAUCUAAUGCCAAGUUUCUUAAACCAAAAUAAAACUAGCUAUACAAACCCCCCCAGGUGCACACAUUCAUUAUAUUUAUUUUAUUAUAUUAUAUUCAUUUUAUGGCUGUCAGCUUUGUGACAUAUUAAAGGCUUUUAGCUGUCAUAUUGCUAUGAUUGUUUUUGCAUGUGUAGUACAGUUAAAAUGGGUAUUUUAUUGAAUCAGAUUGUGUUCACUUCAUGCAUGUGUACUAUAACUAGAUGGUUCUAAAAAAAAAAAUACAAAGAAACAAAUAUGUGAUUUUCUUGGAGACAUAAUUAUUUGCAUAAUUCGCCCUGGCAUAGAAAUGCAUUGGGCACAAGUCUGGCACACAUAGAGUCAAAUGCUCUAUACAUGUCAUCUGAAAAAGGUAUACUGUUGUCAACAUAAAAAUAAUGCAACUAUACAGUGUUAUUUUUGUAAAUGAUACAAUGCAUAUGGGUGUGAAAGAAAUAGGAACUAAUGCAAUACUAUGGUAAAUGGAUACGGUCUCUUCCCAGGAUUUUUAAUAUUAUGUUUACUUAUCACUUUAACUAUAUAUUGGUGAGGUGUAAAAAUUCACCUUAAAAGCUCUUGUAACAGUCAGCUUAUAGAGAAGAGGGGAUUUAUAUGUUCUGUUCCAAAAAGUUGCUCGAUUAUUCACAAAGAAAUCGGGACUGUACAGGGGAAUCCAAAUUAAUCCGUAGCCUCAACACCUUGACUGGAGGAGGCAAAUCUCUUUAACCCCUUAAGGACCAAAUUUCUGGAAUAAAAGGGAAUCAUGACAUGUCACAUAUGUUAUGUGUCCUUAAGGGGUUAAAGGGAUUCUCCAGUGCCAAGAAAACAUAUUAGUUUUCUUGGCACUACAGGACCCUCUAGUGCCCCUCUACCUCCCACCCCCCCCAUCCCAAGUUGCUGAAGGGGUUAAAACCCCUUUAGUGACUUAACGUAGUCCAGCGCUGAGGGCUCCACCUACGCUCCUCCCUGCCGACUUAAGGCCAUGAACAUUGUAGGAGAGGAGUAUCAGAUUCUCCCAGGCGUUCUGGGUGUCCCCUGGGACCAGCAUCCCCAUGAUGACCAGCUAGGGCGGGGCCGUUGCGAGGGGGGACGGAUGAGGGAAACUGGGCAGAAAAAAAAAAAAAGGUUGGAGGGGGAGGUAGUGUGAGGGGUGUGUUAGUUAGUGAGUAACUGGUGUGGUGAGACAACCCAACCACGGCUCGAGUUGUCCUCUCCUCAGUUGAGGGAGUAGCUCACGUCAAUGGACAAGGUUUCGAUGAGCGUCUCGGGGCCUCUUUGGCUGGGUGCCCAAGUCAACUCCCGGAGCAAAGCGGUAUCCCUGUUUCGGGAUCCUGCUAUGUCCUAUACCUGUUGGGGGGUGAGUCAUCUAACUCUAGUCUUCCAGUGGACACUUCACUGUCUCCUGGUAUUUGGCGCUUGCCUGGUAUGUCCUAUGAGCAUGUACCUAUAGGUAAGCUCCUUGUUCUAUGGUGUGGCCUCUAGAGGUAUGGGUUCGCUGCACCUCUUCGCAGCGGUGUGAGUGAAUGCGGGUUGCAUUGCCGGUUUGGCCAUGGGUGAAUGUUGAUGCCUGUGUAUGGCGGCCAUCCUGCCCGGCCGGGGUCGUGGCUUGCUGCGCUUGGGGGUGGCUUGUGUGGGAGAGUUUUAGGCAUUGGAUAAGAGCCCUGUGAGGAUUCCCUAGGUACACAGUUUUGGUGGUCUCUGCUGCGCGUACCGUGUGAGGGUGAAGGUUGGGCCGGGUUUUGUCAGCCCUUGUAUGGUAUUUGUUACUAGUCUCUGGCUGGGGCGUAAGGCGCCUUUUACCCCCGGCCUUGCUGCUAGGUCUCCUUCUCACUAUACCUCUCUAUAUUCUCUCUAUAAGUAGGGGCUCUUUCCUGUAUCGCUGAUUAUGUGCAAUUCCUCAAGCUUAUAGGGCGGUGUGGGUAAAAGCAUCUUGUGGGCAUGUAGGCUAGGCUAACUUUUCCCUAUCCUUUUCUGUGAAUCAUAGCAUGGAGUAGCGAGGGGGAUGGUAGGUAGUGUCUCGGUGUUUGUCGUUCCCAUCUUGGCAUCUGUGCACCUAACCCACUACAGUGCCCCUUCUCCCUGUGUCCUGUGGUCCCCUAGUGUUGCCCGAAUCCCCCAACCCAAACAAAGAGGGUGCCCAUCCCCACUUGCAGCUUCUAAGUGUAGCAUAGUCAGCCAGUGUCCCCCAGGUAUAGUACUCAUGUAGUGUGAGUCCACUCAGUCCAUGACCAGAGCUCCAACUCCACUCCAACGGGCAUAGAACACUGCGGUGCAUAGUGUGCCGCUACUCCUCAGGCCUGGCUUGGCCAGGACGCCUUGCUGGGUAGCGCUGUGGUUGGGGCCUACCUUGGCCCAUGUCUCGCCCAGGUAGCUGCAUGGGGCCAUAUGAUUGCGGGAGGAAGGAGCUUGCUUGAAAAUUGGGGACCGGAACUGGUAGGAAUCCCAGGGAGCGCAUGAAUCCGGGGACAUCUUCUGGCUUCUGCACCAUCAUUGUUUCUUGACCUAGGCGUGCCUGUAGGGAAGAGGGGUAGCUCCAGCGGUACUGGAUUCCUGCUGUUUGCAGGGCAGAGGUGACAGGGCAUAGGGCUUGUCUGGUUUGAAGGGUGUAGCGGCAUAAGUCUUGGUAGAUCGUAAUUGUUUGGCCUUCCAUGUGGAGUGGGUCUAUGUGGCGGGCUGUGCACAGGACAUCUUCCCUCCUUCCUUCCUUCCUUCCUUCAACUGAUAGUUGUCCAGGCAGCAUACUAUGUCUCUGGGAUGCUCGCCCGGUGCUGAUGGUGGUCGCAGCGCUCGGAGGGCUCUCACCAGGCCUAGACGGGUCAGUUGUGGACCACCUAGUACCUCGCUGAAGAUAGCUCUCAGAUGUUCAGCCAAGCUUCACACUGUCAUCCCACGGACGUGGAGAAUCAGUCUGCGGUAGCGGUUGUCGAGGUCGUCCACCCAGGUGGUCAGGUUGGCUAUGUCCGCUGUACACUCUGUGACCGCUGUCGUUGUCUAUUCCAGAUCUGUGCAGAGUGACUGUGAGUCUGCUUCUGUCUCUGACACACUGGCCUCGAUGUUAGCUAGGUCUGCUCGUAGUUGGGCAACCUCUUCCCACACCACGCGGCUCAGGCGAUCCAACAGGGCCUCAAAGUCCACCUUGGUGAACAGGCUGAGAAUGAUGGCCCGCAGUUCCCAAUCAAGCAUCCCUGGUGCCUCUGAUGAGAUAGAGGGUGAUGGUGAGAACCUUGCUGGGGUAGAUGGAGGGAACUCCAGAGUGAUGCUUGUGGUUUCCGUCUCCCGUUGCGAUGCCUGGUCCCGGGCCGCUUUGAGGAAGGUGCGGAUGGAUGUCUCUCCACCGGACCCCGGUGGUUUUAGGGUACCGGCGGUUUCCGUCGACUUCUUUGCACGGCCCAUUAUCGGCGAAAAGUGUGGAGAGUUGUGCUGAUUAUGCGUUUUUCCACGAAUGUGGAAUUAUGCGGCCAUUUUCUUCGACACUAGACGCCCCCCAAUUUCCAUUUUGCACCACUCACACAGGCUCUCUAAUUGGAGGGAAGGUGGAGGAUCACCGUAAAACAUCGAGGGCUAGGGGAAGCCCCCUUUCCAUGGAACUGGAGAGACUUGUUCCUUUUAACUGUCACUUACCCGGUGGCAGCCUGGAACUCUGCAUCGGACCUGUGAAUAGAAGCAGAGCGGCCAACACUUUACACAAUCAUAACUUUGGUUGGGUACUUCUGAUCUGGGUGCUUUUUAGAAGCUGUUACUGUCCAUGGAUGUGUAACAUGUCACUGUGCUAUUCCAGUAAGAGGGUAACUUUAAUAGAGGUACUAAGUCGGAGUACAGAAGCUUGGUCACAGGGACAAACUAUUUGCACCAGAAUCACUACAUUAAGCUGUAGUGAUUCUGGAGCUAGAAAAUCUCUUUAAUGGAAAUGGGUUGACAGGGCUGUGCCCAUACUUACUCUCAAAUCUGCCUGUCAGUCAUCAUCACUGUAAGAGACAGGCAGACUUGGGUGCAGUUCCAUUAUUAUAUAAUACAAUGAUGAAUGUUUAGUUUAUUGUUUCCAUGAAGACUUGGGUGCUAGAUCAGAGAUCGCUUCCGCCGAAAUCCCGCUGUUACUAUCUGCCCGGCAUCCCAGGCAGAUAGUAACAGCCAACUGCGGCAUGUGAGCGAUCCGCGAUCGCUCACAAUUGGCUGAUGUCAAAGUGGGUGUUACAAACACUCACUUUGACACUGAUCUCUGCCUCUCUCUCCUGUGUAGCGUUUUGUGAGGCGAGAGAGACAGAGAUCAGAGCGGAUAGUUUGUUGCCAGUGUGAAAGAGUUGCUAGAACUUAAAAAAAAUCAAAUAAAUUUUAACCCCUUCCCUGCCAAGUCCUAUUACAGCAGCGCAUUAGUACUGCCUGUAAUUUAUUUUUUUUUGCACUUAAGGAUUUUUUUUCUUGUCAAAAAGUGUUUUAGUGUCUUUUUAGACUUUUUUUUUUUUUUUGUAAGCGUCAAACUUUAGUUAGUCAAUUUCCUAGCCCCAAAUCUCCAUUAGAUUCUCUUUGCAGGAGUUAGUUUAGGGAUUGCCGCUAAAGUCUGUCUUAGUCUGUUUUAGUCUAUUUAAAAAAACAACAACUAUGUGUUAGAAAUUGACACUGACACUGCGUCCGAUUUUGACCCAGGUCAGUUUAGCGACACGUCAUCUGUCUGUGAACCAGCUGCAAAAAGAAGCUGUGCUUCCUCUGCUACGCCGAAUGUGGAGGAGGACUGGGUACCUCCACAGUUAGUUGAGCCCAACAUCCCCCCUUUUAGUGCCAACGCAGACAUUAAUGUCAAUGUGCAGGACUUCUCCGCUAUACAAUAUAUGGAGUUAUUUUUGGAGGAUACAAUCUGGGAGGAGAUUGCUUCCCAGACUAAUCUCUAUGCUACCCAAUUUUUUUAUGCAAAUCCAGGUUGCUAUGUAGUCAGGGAGCAUGCUUGGCAUCCCACAGAUGUCCCUGAACUCAAAAAAUUCUGGGCUCUUACCAUACUCAUGGGGAUAAUAAAGAAGCCAUCAAUCCGCUCUUACUGGAGCACCAACCCAAUCUGUUCUAGUCCUAUAUACUCCCAAAUAAUGUCUAGAGCAAGAUAUGGGUUUGUGCUGCGAUACUUGCAUUUCAAUGAUAAUACCCUCUGUCACCCCAAAGAUCACCCCUAAUAUGACAGGCUUCACAAAAUACUCCCACUAAUAGACCAUCUGCAGCAAAGAUUUUCUGAUGUUUAUACUCCCCAGCAAAAUGUAUCUGUUGAUGAAUCCCUUAUGAAAUAUAAAGGGAGAUUGGGGUUCAAACAGUACAUUCCCUCAAAGUGCGCUAGGUAUGGCGUCAAGUUUUACAAAUUGUGCGAGAGAGAAAGUGGCUAUACGUUUGCCUUUCGCGUAUAUGAGGGAAAAGAUGGUCAACUGGACCCUCCUGGCUGUCCUGACUCUGGGGACAAGUGGGAAAAUAGUUUGGAACCUACUGACCCCCUUGUUAAAUAAAGGUUACCACCUUUAUGUGGACAAUUUCUAUAGUAGUGACCGUUUGUUUAAAUCACUUUAUAGUUUGCAGACACUGGCCUGCGGCACUGUUAGAAAAAACUCCAAAGAUUUCCCCAGACCUCACGUAGAGGCCAAAUUAAAAAAAGGUCAAUCCAAAGCUCUGCGCAAAGCUGAAGUGCUUGCAAUUAAAUUUAAGGACAGGAAGGAUGUUAACAUGCUAACCACCAUCCAUGACGAAAGCAUGUCAGACGUCACUGUCCGAGGCAGAGUAAAUUCCAAACCUGUUUGUGUCAGAGCUUUUAACAGGCACAAGGGGGGUGUAGAUUUGGCUGAUCAGCUCAUGCAGCCAAAUCUUAUUUUAAGAAAAACUAAAGCCUGGUACAAAAAGGUGGCUAUCUAUCUGAUGCAAGAAGCAACCCACAAUUCGUUUAUACUUUUUAAAAAAAUUAAUCCUGGAAGAACCACCUUUCUCCAAUUUCAACUAAAAGUGAUUUCAACAAUCAUUUAUGGAGAUGGUUCCGUUGAAGUUCCAACAACGGAGCCAGAGGAAUCAAGAAUUGGUGCUACGCAUUAUAUUUUUAAGAUUCCCCCCCCCCCUCCACUGCAAAUAAAACAAAUCCCCAGAAACAUUGCUGGGUCUGUUACAAAAAAGAGAAAAGGACAGACACCCCCUCUCACUGUCCCGAUUGCCCUUUAAAACCCGGAUUAUGUAUUGGAACAAGUUUUAAGCUCUACCACACAGAGCAUACCUUUUUGUAAGACUUGUUCCUGAUUUUUUUUUUUUUUGUUUCUUUUGAAUGCAGAACAUUUUAGUUAGUUUCCUUUCCCCAAAUCUCCAGUUAGAUUUUUUUUUGCAGGAGUUAGUUCAGAGAUUGCUGCUAAAGGUGCAUUUGAUACCUACACAUUUGGUUAAAAAAGUAUUGUGGCCGAAAUCUAAAAGCAAAGUGUGUAUUAAAAAACAGAAUUCAAAAAUUACCACCACACACUUUCUCUGAAUAUUAAGGGGCAAAAUGGUUGGGGAAAAGAAGUCAAAACCUUGGAUGUGUACUUUAUUUAAAUAUAUACUUUCAAUCCAUAAAUUCACCUUGGGGGAUGGAAAAAUGCACCACACUCAACAUGUGCCUAGCAAAGCAAGCAAACUAUAUUCAGCCAAAAUGGGCAAGUUCAAAAUGUGUUACUGUAAAAUCGUGGCAAACCAAUGCAUGGGGGCCAUAGGUGUACUCAGGGGACUUUGCAGAAAAAAAAAUGGGGUGUUUUCUGUCAGUAACAUAUAACCUGCUGGCUAAAAUCAAAAAGCAGAAUUCACAAAUUAUCACCAUGCAGGUUCUCUGAAAAUAUUUUAGCACAAUGGUUGGGGAAAUGAUGUUAAAACACCCAUAUAAAAUACCCUGGAAUGUCUACUUGAUAAAAAUAUACACUUUCAUGGACUGAUGUACACCAAACUGGAGAUAUACCUCACGUUGGGAUAGCCAGCAAAAAAUCACUGUACUCACCAUAAAUGCAUGGAGAGUAGGCCAAAAGACAAAUAGAAUUCAGUGCUAUUAAAAAUAUCUACUUUUCGUUGCCCAAAUAGGAUAUGGGUGCAAGUUGACUAUGUCCAUUCCAAGUUGGAAAACUGCACACCUAUGUGCCUUUUGAAAAGCCUAUGCUCACUGUACUCAGGAGAUGUUGCCACCAGUGACACAUCUAUCAAUGCCCAAGCAUUACUACCUAUGACAAAUAGGUGCAUGUGUAUCACCCUAGGGUGUCUACUUUUCAGGAGAUGUCCCAAAUAGGACAUGUGCGCAACUACACAUUAUUUGGGCAGCUGCCAAAUGUGGCCUUUUGGCAGUGAUGUCACCUACUACCUAUGCGAAUACUGGUGGUAAUUGCAGUGGAAAGUACAUUGUGUGUGAUUUAUGACAGAUAAUAACAAUGUCACUCAAUAUCCUAGUACUUAUAGCCCUAUACUUACCCAAAAAGCUUUAGAGCAGCAAGGCUGGAUGGCAUAAAAGACAUUCGGAGUGCAUCGACGCCGAAAGCUGCAGGCCUGUUAGACCAGGCCCAAGAUGGUGACGGCGGGAAUGACACACUGCCGCUACGGACACCCACAGGCUCCCACAACCUACCGGUAACACAAGACUUCCUGCAGAACUGCUUGGAGGACAUGUCCAGCAAAAUUCUGGCGUCCAUCCAAAGCACCCUGAGGGAGCUCAGCAAAGACGUGCAGGAGCUGGGGGACAGAACCGUGCGGGUGGAACAGCGCGUGGAGGAGCAGGCAUCUGCUCAUAAUGAGCUGGCAGACCAAAUGUACAGCCUGCAGCAGCAACUGGACCAGUCGCAAAGAAAAAUCAUGGAUCUGGAGGACCGUUCUCGAAGACAAAAUCUGAGAAUUCGAGGCAUACCGGAGGAGGUGUCACAACAAGACCUACAUCCUUACCUAAUAGAGUACUUCAAAGCGUUGACCCCCGAGUUACCGGCGGAGGUACUGAUCUUGGACAGGUACCACAGGGUCCAAAAGCCAACGUUCCAGCCGCCAGACACACCAAGGGAUGUGCUAACCCACCUCCACUACUUCCAUGUAAAAGAGGCAAUUCUCCAGGCCACGAGAGGGAGCAGAGAUCUGCCACAAAAAUUCACCCACAUAAAAAUCUUCACAGAUCUGUCAGCGGCUACACUACAGAAAAGGAAAGAAUUCAGACCGAUCACAGAGGCCCUACGCAACAACAGCAUCCAGUACCGGUGGGGAUACCCGAUCCGCCUGCUGAUCAGAAGGAAUGGCACACUGACAACGGUCAACACGCCAGAGGAAGGCCACAAACUACUGCGCAGCUGGGGCAUCCAACCAGCCCAAGUAGGGACAAAUGCUGCAGAUCAGCGCAGACUGUCUCCGGAGUGGAAGAGGGCCAAAAAAUGAUCUGAAAAGGGGAAUCAAAGCAAGAGAUGGGACUUGACAGAGACUCAGGAGGGAGCGGACAGACACUGGGUCGCAAGUAUACCUGGCACACAAGACACGCACACACACAACUUCUUACUAGCUCCACACUACACACAGCCGCACCAUUAACAUGGCAUAUGUCCAUGCCCAGCACACUUAAUGAAGUAAGAAAGGAAAAAAAAAAAAGCAUCACUCACAACAACUUGAUAGGAGCUCAGACCUAUACACAGUCCAGUCUAGACGCUACGCUCCAGCCAAGCUGGUACCACACUCAUCUCACCUUUCGCAACUUAGUCACAAGCCACACGCAGGCCAAGAGACGGCGAGUAAUGGGCAUAGCACGCUCGCCUGGCAACACCACACAAUCAUUCAUCAGGGUACACCACGCACCCCCUUGGCACCACAUAACUGGUGCCCCACCCUUCAGUGGGAAAUGUUCAAUUGUAAUAAUGUGAUAUUGUAUGUUUUGUUUUAUGUUGCACUGUUUACCCCAAAGGUCAUGCAUAUGUAUAGCAUGACUGAUUCUUCCCCUGUACACCAUCCCACCCUUGCCCCCACCACCAGACAGGUUGGGAACUACGUAGUAAACCUCCGAGCUGGAGACCACAGGACCCAGGGAGGGGUAGUACAACAGGCCAAAAGCAAGAAACUCCAACACAACACAUUAAAAUAUGAAGAUACACUGCCAUAACGUAAAAGGUUUAAAUACCCCGGUAAAAAGAUAUUGCCUCAUAAGAGACCUGCGCAAGGAAUGCCCCGAUGUGGUGUGCCUGCAGGAAACACAGCUCAAAAAACCAAUAACCCUGGCCCAGGCGCAAUACACAGCACAAUUUCAUAGCACCUCCGCGUCCAAAACGAAAGGGGUAUCCAUCCUCAUCAGCAAGGAUGUGUCCUUCAAACCGCUAUACGUAUCCAUAGACAAAGAGGGACGAUAUAUUAUCAUGAUCUGCAAAAUCAACAACCUAGAAUACACGAUAGUCAACCUAUAUGCACCCAACACGCACCAGAGGAAUUUCUUACAUAAAGUCAUCACACUAGUGCAAUCGGUCCAGAGGGGCGUUACUAUACUAUGUGGUGAUUUCAACCAUAUAUUGGACCCCAAGUGGGAUACCACAGUACAGCCCAAUACCCCCAGAUCAGCUACCCUCCAGAGGGAAUGUAAACCACUAGUACGCUUGCUCAAAGAACACGACUACUAUGACGCAUGGAGGUUGCAACACCCUGGGGAGAGGGACUACACCUUCCUCUCUCAGGUGCAUAACACAUACUCGCGAAUCGACGGGUACUAUAUAAAAGGUGCCCACCUCAAUCACAUCAUGUCCUGCUCGAUAGGCACCAUAACAUGGUCGGACCAUGCCCCAAUAACUUUAGAGCUAUGUGACGCAUACGAUUACAAACACCGCAGCCCGACUAAAUGAAUCUCUACUAACAGACCGACAAUACUGUGACACAGUAAAAGACGACCUCUCUCACUACUUUGCCACGAACCAAACCCCAGAUAUCACGCCAGAAACACUGUGGCAGGCCCACAAACCAGUUGUAAGGGGACUUCUCAUAGGGAAAGCGAGUGCAAUAAAAAGGGCAACCCAAACAAAAAGAAAAGAAUGGCUGACUACCCUCUACAACCUAAAUAAACAGAACCAAUUAACACCACCCCACAGUUCCUAGAACAAAUUAAACUAGUCACAGACGAAGGCAAAAAACAUGACCUAGUAAAAAUGGGAUUCACAAUGCGGAAGCUCCGGGCAGCCCACUACACCCAGGGAAAUAGAGCCAGCAAACUAUUAGCGAGGAGACUGUCACACAGGAACGCACAAACAAAAAUCCCAUUCAUACUGAACUCGGAAGGGGAAAAAAAAAAAAGACUACCUAUGCGAAGGUUUGGCUAGAGACUGGUGGCCUAAAAUGGCUGCAUAGAAAGUGUCAAAAUAUCCUUAUGAUUAAUUCCCUGGGUCAAAACUUGUCAUUACUUAAUAAAAAAUAUAUAUACAUGUGGGGUGUUUUCCAAAGAUUUAUGGACGCAGAUAAUAGUGUGUUACAAUGUCACUAUAAUGAUAAAUUUUUCCAAAGAUGUGGGUUUUGAGAACCGCAAUAUCCUACAGUACUUAUAGCCCUAUAACUUGCAAAAAAAAAAAAGCAUGUUGGGGGUCCAGUGGCUUAGCGAGCAACGCGGCUGGUCAUGCACGGGAUUGAGCUCCGCUACAAGCUAGCCCUAUAAGCUAAGAAAAAAAGCAGUUACCUGCGGGGAAAAGCAAAACCCUCGACUCACCCAACGAUGUCCCACCCAAAGCAUAAAAGACAGGCUGGAAAAAAAACGACAGGUCGGAGUUCUUCGUGGCCCGAGCAUCGACGCCGAAAGCUGCAGGCCUGUUAGACCAGGCCCAAGAUGGUGACGGCGGGAAUGACACACUGCCGCUACGGACACCCACAGGCUCCCACAACCUACCGGUAACACAAGACUUCCUGCAGAACUGCUACCUGGAGGACAUGUCCAGCAAAAUUCUGGCGUCCAUCCAAAGGCACCCUGAGGGAGCUCAGCAAAGACGUGCAGGAGCUGGGGGACAGAACCGUGCGGGUGGAACAGCGCGUGGAGGAGCAGGCAUCUGCUCAUAAUGAGCUGGCAGACCAAAUGUACAGCCUGCAGCAGCAACUGGACCAGUCGCAAAGAAAAAUCAUGGAUCUGGAGGACCGUUCUCGAAGACAAAAUCUGAGAAUUCGAGGCAUACCGGAGGAGGUGUCACAACAAGACCUACAUCCUUACCUAAUAGAGUACUUCAAAGCGUUGACCCCCGAGUUACCGGCGGAGGUACUGAUCUUGGACAGGUACCACAGGGUCCAAAAGCCAACGUUCCAGCCGCCAGACACACCAAGGGAUGUGCUAACCCACCUCCACUACUUCCAUGUAAAAGAGGCAAUUCUCCAGGCCACGAGAGGGAGCAGAGAUCUGCCACAAAAAUUCACCCACAUAAAAAUCUUCACAGAUCUGUCAGCGGCUACACUACAGAAAAGGAAAGAAUUCAGACCGAUCACAGAGGCCCUACGCAACAACAGCAUCCAGUACCGGUGGGGAUACCCGAUCCGCCUGCUGAUCAGAAGGAAUGGCACACUGACAACGGUCAACACGCCAGAGGAAGGCCACAAACUACUGCGCAGCUGGGGCAUCCAACCAGCCCAAGUAGGGACAAAUGCUGCAGAUCAGCGCAGACUGUCUCCGGAGUGGAAGAGGGCCAAAAAAUGAUCUGAAAAGGGGAAUCAAAGCAAGAGAUGGGACUUGACAGAGACUCAGGAGGGAGCGGACAGACACUGGGUCGCAAGUAUACCUGGCACACAAGACACGCACACACACAACUUCUUACUAGCUCCACACUACACACAGCCGCACCAUUAACAUGGCAUAUGUCCAUGCCCAGCACACUUAAUGAAGUAAGAAAGGAAAAAAAAAAAAGCAUCACUCACAACAACUUGAUAGGAGCUCAGACCUAUACACAGUCCAGUCUAGACGCUACGCUCCAGCCAAGCUGGUACCACACUCAUCUCACCUUUCGCAACUUAGUCACAAGCCACACGCAGGCCAAGAGACGGCGAGUAAUGGGCAUAGCACGCUCGCCUGGCAACACCACACACAUCAUUCAUCAGGGUACACCACGCACCCCCUUGGCACCACAUAACUGGUGCCCCACCCUUCAGUGGGAAAUGUUCAAUUGUAAUAAUGUGAUAUUGUAUGUUUUGUUUUAUGUUGCACUGUUUACCCCAAAGGUCAUGCAUAUGUAUAGCAUGACUGAUUCUUCCCCUGUACACCAUCCCACCCUUGCCCCCACCACCAGACAGGUUGGGAACUACGUAGUAAACCUCCGAGCUGGAGACCACAGGACCCAGGGAGGGGUAGUACAACAGGCCAAAAGCAAGAAACUCCAACACAACACAUUAAAAUAUGAAGAUACACUGCCAUAACGUAAAAGGUUUAAAUACCCCGGUAAAAAGAUAUUGCCUCAUAAGAGACCUGCGCAAGGAAUGCCCCGAUGUGGUGUGCCUGCAGGAAACACAGCUCAAAAAACCAAUAACCCUGGCCCAGGCGCAAUACACAGCACAAUUUCAUAGCACCUCCGCGUCCAAAACGAAAGGGGUAUCCAUCCUCAUCAGCAAGGAUGUGUCCUUCAAACCGCUAUACGUAUCCAUAGACAAAGAGGGACGAUAUAUUAUCAUGAUCUGCAAAAUCAACAACCUAGAAUACACGAUAGUCAACCUAUAUGCACCCAACACGCACCAGAGGAAUUUCUUACAUAAAGUCAUCACACUAGUGCAAUCGGUCCAGAGGGGCGUUACUAUACUAUGUGGUGAUUUCAACCAUAUAUUGGACCCCAAGUGGGAUACCACAGUACAGCCCAAUACCCCCAGAUCAGCUACCCUCCAGAGGGAAUGUAAACCACUAGUACGCUUGCUCAAAGAACACGACUACUAUGACGCAUGGAGGUUGCAACACCCUGGGGAGAGGGACUACACCUUCCUCUCUCAGGUGCAUAACACAUACUCGCGAAUCGACGGGUACUAUAUAAAAGGUGCCCACCUCAAUCACAUCAUGUCCUGCUCGAUAGGCACCAUAACAUGGUCGGACCAUGCCCCAAUAACUUUAGAGCUAUGUGACGCAUACGAUUACAAACACCGCAGCCCGUGGAGACUAAAUGAAUCUCUACUAACAGACCGACAAUACUGUGACACAGUAAAAGACGACCUCUCUCACUACUUUGCCACGAACCAAACCCCAGAUAUCACGCCAGAAACACUGUGGCAGGCCCACAAACCAGUUGUAAGGGGACUUCUCAUAGGGAAAGCGAGUGCAAUAAAAAGGGCAACCCAAACAAAAAGAAAAGAAUGGCUGACUACCCUCUACAACCUAAAUAAACAGAACCAAUUAACACCACCCCACAGUUCCUAGAACAAAUUAAACUAGUCACAGACGAAGGCAAAAAACAUGACCUAGUAAAAAUGGGAUUCACAAUGCGGAAGCUCCGGGCAGCCCACUACACCCAGGGAAAUAGAGCCAGCAAACUAUUAGCGAGGAGACUGUCACACAGGAACGCACAAACAAAAAUCCCAUUCAUACUGAACUCGGAAGGGGAAAAAAGGGUAACACCCAAAGACAUCAGCGAUGUGUUCGCCGAUUACUACACAACCCUGUAUAACCUGGGACAGGACUCAAAUACUCCCCAACCAUCACAAACACAAAUAGAACGAUAUCUAGAGGGUAUCUCACUGCCGGGCCUCAAUGAGGACCAGAGGGAGGGCCUACAAGCCCCUAUCACAGAGGAAGAAGUACUACAGGUAAUAGCGAGCCUCCCCAAGGGGAAAGCACCAGGACCAGAUGGGUUCACCAAUGCAUACUAUAAACAAUUUGCCGCCAUUCUCGCACCACACCUAACAAACACCUUCAAUGCCAUCACCCAUAAAGCAGAAGCCCCGGUGGACAUGCUAGGAGCCCACAUUAUAACACUCCCAAAACCAGGUAAACCACCCACAUGCAGUCAAAACUUCAGGCCAAUAUCAUUACUUAAUACAGAUGCAAAAAUCUACGCCAAAAUACAGGCGAAUAGGCUGAAACACAUUCUCCCUGCAUUGAUACAUGACGACCAGGUGGGCUUUAACACAGGCAGACAGGGAUCAGACAACACAAGGAAAGUGAUCGACCUCAUACAUAGCCUAAGACGAAACCGGACAGAGGGUGUCUUGCUCUCUCUGGACGCAGAAAAGGCCUUCGAUCGCCUUAAUUGGCCUUUUCUGGAGGCAGUGCUCCAAAAAUACAAGUUUCCUAGCUCAUUCAUAAAUGGUGUAAAGGCACUAUACUCCCACCCCACAGCGAGGGUACUUAAUGCAGGAUUCGUGUCCAAACAAAUCAAUAUAACGAAUGGGUCCAAGCAGGGGUGUCCCCUGUCCCCAUUACUGUAUAUCCUGGCACUAGAACCACUAGCAGCGUCGAUUAGGGCAGAACCGUCCAUACAGGGUAUCACCAUAGGAGACAGGGAAUAUAAGCUCAAUCUAUUUGCAGAUGACAUCCUAGUCACACUCACACAGCCCCUAAUCUCCCUGCCAAAUCUGAUGCUACACAUAGAAACGUGUGGUGCAGUUGCAUACUACAAAUUAAAUGUCACCAAGACACAAGCACUGGGGAUGCACCUAGACACGAACCUCAUGUCCAGACUGAGCGGGGCAUUCCCCCUAGACUGGAGAACCGACCACCUAACCUUUCUUGGUCUCAAACUUACAAAAAAGCCUGCUAAAUUAUUCCACCACAACUAUGUACGCAUGCACAAAGAAUUCACAGACUCCAUGCAAGCAUGGAAGGGGAAGUACCUGUCGUGGACACGACGCAUAGCAGCAGUCAAAAUGUCGCUAAUACCAAAAAUCCAAUACCUUUUUCGUACGCUACAGAUACCCCUACCAAAGCAAUACCUCAAAAACAUGCAGCACACCAUCAACACCUUCAUCUGGGAGGGGAAAAAAGCAAGAGUAGCAGCAGGGACACUACAACAGACAGUACGCAGGGGGGGGUUAGGCCUCCCGAACUUGACGGCCUACUGCAGAGCAGCGUACCUCCAUAACAUAUCACAAAUACACCUCUCCGCCAAGGCACCGCAAUGGGUAGCCAUAGAAUCGCACUGGGCACCCAGACGGGACCUACGAGCGUUGAUAUGGCAGGAAAAAUGCCCCAGGCACACCCGGGACAAACUCUUGCCCAGCACCCAGACUCUACUACAAAUAUGGCACAAAAUAAGAGAUAAACUGGUGGCAAAGCAAACACUUCCCAUGGCCACACCAAUCCAAACAAUAGGGCUGGACAUCCCAACUUUCCCGUGGGAGACAUGGGCGAAAUGGGGAAUACACCAUAUAUAUCAGGUGAUAGACAGGGGGCGGCUGAAACCACUACCGGCUAUCCAGGAGGAAUACACAUUGCCCACUAAGGUCGUAUUCUCUUACAUGCAACUAAAAUCCUACGUCUCAAGCAAACUAGGCGCUGAAGACGAAUUGGAAGAUGGAAUAAAUAUGACGAAAUUUGAAAAACACUGUGUGGGUAUAAAGAAACUAGGGAAAACCCUGUCCUGGGGAUACCAGGAGCUGAUCACAACACAAACACAAACACUAGAUAAGAUCAAACAGGUAUGGCACCAAGAGCUAGGACAGACAUUUCCAGACGAGACAUGGGACCGUGCAUAUUUGGUACACCAGGGACUCACAGCAUGCCACACGCACCUAGAAUUGCAACGCAAACUACUGUACCGCUGGUACUUAGUGCCAGACAAACUCCACAAGAUGUGGCCAACCACCAACAACAAAUGCUGGAGAUGUGGGAGAGAGGUGGGGACCAUGUUACAUAUCUGGUGGUCCUGCGCCAAACUUAGCCCACUUUGGAAGGAGGUGACCCAACUUUUACAAAAACUGCUCCCGACACCCAGGCUAGAUAACCCACAAACAUGCAUUUUGUUUAUGUUACCUAGGGGCAUCCCGAAACACAUUAGGACAAUUCUCUACCACACCCUCAUAUCAGCAAACCUGAUGAUAUCCAGGUUGUGGAAAAAAACAACGCCCCCCACCUUCCAGGACGUAAUAAAACAGGUAGAACAAAACUGGGAGUACGAACUCAUGGCAGCGGCACAAUUUGGGACACGCACUCAUAUAUAUGAGGCACACAAGACAUGGAAGGCUAACGCAAAACCCGAGGUAUGAGGGCUGGAAGCUAUAGACAAGCUAUAGACACACUAGAGGGUAUAAUGCAAACCACCCACCAAGGCCCACAAUAGGUGGAGUCGCCAUCGCCCACUAGGUGUAAAGGCAACCACCCCAGCUAUGGCCACGCAGCACACAGAGGGAGAUAUGUCACGAAAAACCUUUAACUGCACAGCGGGGAAAAUGUAAUUGUACCUAGAAGCCUAUGCAUAAAUGUAUAACUGUACAACUGUAUAAACGUGAAUGCUGACAACCUGUUCCCCCCCCCCCCACCCUUCCCCUCUUCCUUUCUGUACCCUAACCCUUCCCAAGUUAUGCAUAUUUGAAAAAGUCAAUAAACUUCAAAUAAAAAAAAAAAGCAUGUAAACACUGGGUAUUUUUAAACUCAGGACAAAAUUUUGAAUCUAUUUAGCAGUUUUUUUCAUUAGCUUUUGUAGGUGAGUAAAAUAUUUUUCAAGUAAAAGUAAAAAAACAUGUAUUUUUUUCAAUUUUUCAUCAUUUUUUUUUUUUUAUUUAAAUUAAAUUACAUGAGAUUAUAUAAAUAAUGGUAUGUACAGAAAGCCCCUUUUGUCCUGAAAAAAACAAUAUAUAAUUUGUAUGGGAACAGUAAAUGAGAGCGCAGAAAAUUACAGCUAAACACAAACACCACAAAAUUGUAAAAAGAGGCCUGGUCCUUAAUGUACAACAUCGCAAAAACAGGCCGGUCCUUAAGGGGUUAAUACCUUCACUUUUUAUUAUGAACUGUUUAGAACCAGUCUUGGUUCAAGCAAACACCACUAGUAACAUACUAUAGCAUCACAGUGAAAAUAUAUAUACUUAUUUUAUUUAAUCCACUUUACCCUUAAAUUCUACAUGGUUAUUUACAAUGAUAGAUUACCGAAGUCAAUAUUUAUGUAAAAUGUGCAUGUGUACCAUAGUUAAAAAACAUUACCCUUUACGGAAAUGUGAGCACUGAUCAGUUACCCUGUGUAUUUUGCAGGCAGCGAAAAUAUGGCUUCUGAUGUCAGUGGCAACUCAAGUAACAGUGACCAAGAGAAGAUAAGUGGUACCAUUGAUCACUUAGACCCUGAUACGUGUGAUAUUCCAUCUUAUGUCUGCGAGUUUGUCGAGAAGGAAAUUGGGAAUGAUUUUAAGUCCCUAAAGAAAGUGGCUAGUCUCAUUGAGACCAUAGCACAGGAGAAAAAACAACUGGAAGAACAGGUAUGUAUUAAGAACUUGUAACUGUGUUUUAAAAAUGUGGCGGUCUUGUCUAUACAUUUUCCAAAUGCUGAAUUAUGUUAAUCUCUAUAGGGAUGUGACUAGAGUUGAGCGAACCCGGACUGUAAAGUUUGGGUUCGUACCAAACAUUAAGUUUUUUUGGAUUCCGGACCCAAACACAGACAUAUCAGUGUAUGUUCGGGUUGGAGUUCGGUGUUUGGCGAUUUAAUGGCGCGUUUUGAAAGACUGCAGGUCAGCCAAUCAACAAGCAUUUGACUCGUGUGCCCUUAGAAGCCACCACAGCCAUGCCUACUAAUGGCAUGGCUGUGAUUGGCCAGUGCAGCAUGUGACCCAGCCUCUAUAUAUAAGCUGGAGUCACUUAGCGCCGCACGUCACAUGAGCUCUUAUUAGUGUAGGAAGUGGAUGCUACCGCUUUCAGGGACAGAUUAGGAAAGAAUUCUGCAAACUAGUACAUUAGUGGGGUGCACUUCAUAUCUGAAAGUCAAAUUGAAGCGUCACAUACUGCGGUUACAUCAGAGUUUUGAAAAUUCCCAUUUUUUUGCUCCUAAGAAGUACAUUUGGGGCGUGCGUGCGUGCACUUCAUAUCUGAAAGUCAAAUAGAAGCGUCAAAUACUGCUCUCACAUUGCAGUUUUAAAACUUAAAGGACCACUAUAGUGCCAGGAAAACAUACUCGUUUUCCUGGCACUAUAGUGCCCUGAGGGUGCCCCCACCCUCAGGGCCCCCCUCCCGCCCGGCUCUGGAAGGGGGAAAGGGGUUUAAACUUACCUUUUUCCAGCGCUGGGCGGGAGCUCUCCUCCUCCUCUCCUCCUCUUCCCCCCUCCCGGCUGAAUACUUGCAGCGGCUGCGCGCGCAUUCAGCGGAAAGCAUUGCUUUCCUAUGGACGCUGGCGUGCUCUCACUGUGAAAAUCACAGUGAGAAAACGCACAAGCGCCUCUAGUAGCUGUCAGUGAGACAGCCACUACAAUAGGGAAGGCUUAACCCAUUCAUAAACAUAGCAGUUUCUAUGAAACUGCUAUGUUUAUGAAAAAAUGGGUUAACCCUAGAAGGACCUGGCACCCAGACCACUUCAUUAAGCUGAAGUGGUCUGGGUGCCUAGAGUGGUCCUUUAAAAUUUUUUGGGUGCUAAAAAGUACAUUAGUGGGGUGCACUUCAGAUCUGAGAGUCAAAAAGAAGCGUCAAAUACUGUGGUUACAGCGCAGUUGUAAAAAUUCUAAUUGUUUUGGUGCUAAACUGCUAAAUAGUAAAUUUGGGGCUUGCUCUUCAUAUCUUAGAGUCAAAUAGAAACAUCAAAUACUGUGUUUACAGCGCACUUUGACAAAUUCCCAUUUUUUUGCUCCUAAGAAGUACAUUUGGGGCGUGCUCUUCAUAUCUGAUAGUCAAAUAGAAGCGUCAAAUACAGGGAGUGCAGAAUUAUUAGGCAAAUGAGUAUUUUGACCACAUCAUCCUCUUUAUGCAUGUUGUCUUACUCCAAGCUGUAUAGGCUCGAAAGCCUACUACCAAUUAAGCAUAUUAGGUGAUGUGCAUCUCUGUAAUGAGAAGGGGUGUGGUCUAAUGAUAUCAACACCCUAUAUCAGGUGUGCAUAAUUAUUAGGCAACUUCCUUUCCUUUGGCAAAAUGGGUCAAAAGAAGGACUUGACAGGUUCAGAAAAGUCAAAAAUAGUGAGAUAUCUUGCAGAGGGAUGCAGCACUCUUAAAAUUGCAAAGCUUCUGAAGCGUGAUCAUCGAACAAUCAAGCGUUUAUUCAAAAUAGUCAACAGGGUCGCAAGAAGCGUGUGGAAAAACCAAGGCGCAAAAUAACUGCCCAUGAACUGAGAAAAGUCAAGCGUGCAGCUGCCACGAUGCCACUUGCCACCAGUUUGGCCAUAUUUCAGAGCUGCAACAUCACUGGAGUGCCCAAAAGCACAAGGUGUGCAAUAUCAGAGACAUGGCCAAGGUAAGAAAGGCUGAAAGACGACCACCACUGAACAAGACACACAAGCUGAAACGUCAAGACUGGGCCAAGAAAUAUCUCAAGACUGAUUUUUCUAAAGGUUUUAUGGACUGAUGAAAUGAGAGUGAGUCUUGAUGGGCCAGAUGGAUGGGCCCGUGGCUGGAUUGGUAAAGGGCAGAGAGCUCCAGUCCGACUCAGGCGCCAGCAAGGUGGAGGUGGAGUACUGGUUUGGGCUGGUAUCAUCAAAGAUGAGCUUGUGGGGCCUUUUAGGGUUGAGGAUGGAGUCAAGCUCAACUCCCAGUCCUACUGCCAGUUCCUGGAAGACACCUUCUUCAAGCAGUGGUACAGGAAGAAGUCUGCAUUCUUCAAGAAAAACAUGAUUUUCAUGCAGGACAAUGCUCCAUCACACGCGUCCAAGUACUCCACAGCGUGGCUGGCAAGAAAGGGUAUAAAAGAAGAAAAUCUAAUGACAUGGCCUCCUUGUUCACCUGAUCUGAACCCCAUUGAGAACCUGUGGUCCAUCAUCAAAUGUGAGAUUUACAAGGAGGGAAAACAGUACACCUCUCUGAACAGUGUCUGGGAGGCUGUGGUUGCUGCUGCACGCAAUGUUGAUGGUGAACAGAUCAAAACACUGACAGAAUCCAUGGAUGGCAGGCUUUUGAGUGUCCUUGCAAAGAAAGGUGGCUAUAUUGGUCACUGAUUUGUUUUUGUUUUGUUUUUGAAUGUCAGAAAUGUAUAUUUGUGAAUGUUGAAAUGUUAUAUUGGUUUCACUGGUAAUAAUAAAUAAUUGAAAUGGGUAUAUAUUUGUUUUUUGUUAAGUUGCCUAAUAAUUAUGCACAGUAAUAGUCACCUGCACACACAGAUAUCCCCCUAACAUAGCUAAAACUAAAAACAAACUAAAAACUACUUCCAAAAAUAUUCAGCUUUGAUAUUAAUGAGUUUUUUGGGUUCAUUGAGAACAUGGUUGUUGUUCAAUAAUAAAAUUAAUCCUCAAAAAUACAACUUGCCUAAUAAUUCUGCACUCCCUGUAGUGCGGUUACAGCACAAUUGUAAACAUUCUUAUUUUCUGGGUGCUAAUCUGCUAAAUAGUAAUUUGGGGCCCUGCACUUCAUAUCUAAGAGUAUCAAAUAGAAACGUCAAAUAGGGCGGUUACAGCGCAGUUGUAAAAAUUCUAAUUGUUUUGGUGCUAAACUGCUAAAUAGUAAAUUUGGGGCGUGCUCUUCAUAUCUGAGAGUCAAAUAGAACCGUCAAAUAGUGCUGUGACAUAGUAGUUUUAAUGUGUAUUGUCUGAACGUGUGUUUAGCACGGCAGGGGGCGUUAUCACUGACAAGUGCAGCCGCGUGUGCACAGCCAACGUGGACAAGCUCACGUUUAUUAAAGUGAACCAGGCAUGGAUCCCACCAGACUUGUCUGUACCUUGUGCAGAAUAGACCUUUAUACCGGCCUCACCCAGCCAUUGUUAGACAAAAAAAUAAAAACCAGUGUUGGCUACCUCCUCCUGCUCCACCGCCGCUUCCACCUACACCGCCAUGGUCACCGCCUCCUCAACCUAUGGGUCACUUAGUAUAAACUAUGUACACAAUAGCAGAGGCUUGUGAAGGCCUUUUCUCCAUGCAUCAGGAGUUGAGCUCAGUUUGAAGAAUGAAAGAGAAUACCCUGCACUCCAACCCUCUCUCAAAUGGAUAAUUCUUGUGAUCCUCCUGACAGCCAUGCUUUAGAUUUUGAUUUAUGUUCUUCCAAAGCUAAAAUCAAAGAUUCCAUCUAGUGCUAUUUUAUAGCUCAGCUGUAUUUUAAAUGUUUAGGUAUUUUAUGUUAUUUUAAGUGAUUUCCCUAUCCACAUUUACUUGCAGUGCACUUGUCCUACUCUUAUCCCCAAUUUACUUCCUUUUGCAGCCAUCUAACCCUUUCCAGGACUUUUUUAGAGGCAUUUUUGUGCCCAAAAGUUUGGGUCCCCAUUGACUUCAAUGGGGUUUGGGUUCGGAGUCAAGUUCGAUCCUGAACCCGGACUUUUUUUCAAACUUCGGACGAACCCACCCAUUUUGAACACCCAUUCUUUUGAUGCUAUUGAUAUCUAAUAAAUUUGUUUUUUGUUUUUGGACCUUGUGUGGUCCUUUUAGAUGUGCCUCAUAUCUUUAAUUUCCUAUGUAAGAAGACUAGGCUCACAUCUGUCCUCUCCCCAUCUAUAGGUACACUUUCUUGUUGUUUUGUAUUCACAUACAGUGUGAUGUUUAUAUUUCCACUUUUGUUAUAUGUAGAAUUGGCAAAUUAAACCAUUCACUACCGAACAUUAUUUAUUUAUUUUUAUUGAAAACAUUUUUUGUAUAACAUUUAUUUGAACCAAGUGAUGCAUAUAUAAUAAAACAGAAAUUUUGUGCAUAGAUAUCUUAUUUUGUAUAAAAUAAAGAUUUGGUAAAUUAAUGGCUUUAGACAAUAUACAACAUCAUUUACCUUAAAAUAAGUCACACAGGGCCUGAAAUCUUAGUAUAAAAUUACAAUAGAUAAAUACAAAUGGUCAUUACAAGCAUCUCAGUUUGCUAAAAGUGGCAACAGAAUCUAAAAAUACUAUCUCCGCUGGAUCCUAGAAGACAGGAAUGCAGCAACAAGGCACUGAUAUUUGAAUAGCUCUAUCCCUUCCCAGUAACUGGACGGCACACAGUUCUGGGAGAACAACUGAUUUAUUCUACACAAACUGAGCCUUUUAUGUACAGACCCCCAGCAUGGGGUCUCCAUUCAAAAAUGCACAAGCCCCUCCCAGGCGUCCCUCUGUCUGGGAGAUAAGUGAGUCAAAACUGAGUAACUCAAUUAUCUCUCAGUUAAAGAAAACACCCCGAAAACAAUCAACUUUUACAGGAUCCCCACAAGUCUUAUAUCCCCGAAUAGCCUGGAUCUGAGCACCCAAGUUGUCCAAAUAGCACUCAGAUCCGUUCGUUAGAACUUAAUCACCAUUUGGGUAAAGUUCUGACCGGCCAACCACGAGACAAAGGCCCAAAACCGUUCCAGAGAAACAAGGGCGUCUCCCAAACGUCUUUUGUCUAGUUGGCCAGGAAGUGGGACUGGCAGCGGUACAAUCUUCACGUGGGUUCAUGGAAUGGUGUGGCUGAAAUUAGUUCCAGACUUUCGACCAUGUACCGCUGCCUGUGUUCGGCAGACAAAAUGGCUGCCAUUCACUGGAGCAUGUGUGUUCGGUUAUAUAAAUGGCGGCCACCCAGGGAAAGCACUCGAGUUAAUGACUUGAUUACGGUUAAGAGCCAGGGGUGGUCGGUGUUCGGGGAGGUAUUAAAAGAAGGGAUCACACACCAUCCAUUCAGGAAAUGAACAAGGGGGUACAGACAACCAAACCGUAGGGAAUGAGUCUGCUACAAUUCCACAUACAGUAAACUGUUAAAUAAUGUAUUUCUUAAAAAAAAAAAAAAAAUGCUAUAGCAGUAUCCAUCAAUCUCUGGAAUGCUAAUGUUAACAGUAAAAUGUCAGCGUCCAUGACAGAGUGUCAAACCCCUCCCUGACUGGAUGAAUUAUAUGACCUAGUUAAACCUUCUAUACUGUUUGAAAGCAGGGAUGAGCUGUUAUUUUUAGCACACCUGCAGCCAUCAGAUCUGUGUCUUUUAAAAUAGAAAGUUGUUCCUCUACAGUCUGGUAAUCAUUUUUUUUUUUUUUUAAUAAAUUCUUUAUUUUAUCGUGCUUUGAGUAGAUAACAAGCAAGCUCGUGGUGCCCCAAUAGCAUUCCCCGAGCAUAUUUUGCAGACUUAACAAUUGGAACAAUGAAAUUAUCAGCACAUUUUAUAAUGUUAAAAUAAUGUUGCUUGGAACAGGAUGUUAGCAAAAACAUGUUACAUUAGCAUGGGUUAUGAUCACAAGAGGUUUAGUAACAUGUCUAUCUUAGUUAGAUCAAGCGAUAUCUGCACUCGAGUGUCGGUGGUGUAAGUGUUGCCCUCUUCACCAGGGUGGGGUGGGGUGGGGAAGGGGAUAAUUGCCUUUGUGCAUGGUUGACCUCUCGAGAGGGGGUGUGUGCGCUUCAAUGAUUGGUGACGUGUGGCUAGAUAAGUCCUGGUAAAAGGACAGUUGCGAAUCUUCAAAGGGCAGUGGGGUCUUGUUUCUUACCACUGCCAUUAUUUGCCCCUUGUCUUGAGGUAGUGCGCAGCUGAGUAUGACGUCGCUGGGUGUUUUGGCGGUGGUUAAGAUAGACGUUGGUAGGCGAUAUAGCCCAGCGAUGUUUCUUUUUUUAGCGGUAGCAGGUGGCAGUACUGAAGCCAGCAGCCUUCUGACGUAGUGUGGCAGUUCAUCUUGGGGGACCGUGGCCGGGAUGCCCCUUAUUUUUACGUGGUUGCAGCAGUACCUGUCCUCCUGCGCUGCCACCUGUAGUGAAAGGGCCUGUUGGGCUGCUUGUAGUUGGAGUAUAGAUGCCUGCAUGGUUGAGGUGUCUUGGCUAAGCUCUUUAAUAUUUGCUUCAGUUGCCUCCAUUCUGCCUGUUAGUUGAUGCAGGGAUGAUUUUAGGAUAGGCAGGUCCGCAGUGAGGAGGCUUUGAAUGUCCUGCAGCAUAGUGUACAGGGUUUGGAGGUCCUGUUUGGUUGCAGGUUCAGAGUUACCUGCUGAUGCUGUGGGCUGGUGCUGUGAGCCCUCCGUUGUGUUCUGCAGCUGAAGUGUUGCAGGUGCAUCUGUGUGGGGAGCCCCUGGUGAGGUCGGGCCUUCCGCGGCCGCCAUCUUGGCGGAGUUGUGCCGCUGGAGCAUAGCUCCUAUAUCCCUCUGUUCUGGAGCGUUACCGGGGGUAAUCUUCUGAUUUCUACGCCCCAUUGCAGCAUUAGCAGGUGAUGUAAGGGUCACAGCUCUGCUGUGUUUCCCGCGGGGUCCCUGCCCCAGAGAUACUCGAGGUCGCGGUUGGUGGGUGUGUGGUAGGCCCCGGUCCUGCGUCUUGCCUUUAAAUGCUUCGGGGAGUACUGGAAGGGCAUCUGGGGAUUCGGUGUGGUGUAGCUGGUGCUUACACGGUCGGAUGGCAGCUAGUCACCAGGAUAUCGCACAGAUUGUGUGUGUGAUUGUCGGAGCUGGUAGAGAUGGCGUCCGGUCCGGUUCAGCGCCAGGCUCCGCCCCCGGUAAUCAUUUUUACAUUCUGCAAGUGCAUUAAAGUAACAAUGUCUCUGCUUAAUACUGGAAGUGAAGUGUUAUAAUAGUUUUAUUUUUUUUUAAGAUUGUUCUCAUUGUGAGGACAGUACAAUGUCAACAACAAUAGAGUGCUGUAUACUAGACGUAAUCCAUCCUCUAAUAGUCGAAAUAGAGGGGGCUAAACCUUCUUGAUGACCUAAUGGAAUGAUAAAUUGUUGAUUCGAUUUUCUGAAUUCCUUAGCUUAUUCAGAUCUAUUUUGAAAGAUCUUACCACAUCAAGAUUAUGCCACGUUUUAGAUAAAAAGAAGGCUGCUGUAUAGAUGACAGAAGGUUAUUUUUAUACCAUUCUUUGUUUUAACUUAAAUAUUCCUGCCCUAAUCAGCUGUGAGGGCAAAGCAUGAAUUAGCAGGAAAUCUCUAUUUAAAAAAAAAAAAAGCAGCAAAGUUUUAAUUGUGUCAGUUCAAAAUGUGUCCCUUUUUGAAGUUCAAGGGACAGUCAGACUCCUAAAGAACUUUAGCAUGCAAAAUGCUUUAUGUGUGAAGAGUUUGUCCUCUUUUUCAUUUUACAAAAUAUGCAGAUUUAAAAAUAAAUUUUACCACGUGACAGGAGGCUUUAUAUUUUGCAUAAUUUCUUUACUUACUCCAUAGCCGCAAAGAAUAAAGGAAUAAGAGAAAGUCAAUCAGAGAUAAGUUCAAGGUAUAAUAAGCCCCUCCCACUGAGGUACUUCCUCUUUUUUUGCUGUUCCAUCACAAGUCAGGUCAGAGUAUUUUUGUUCUCAUUUUCUUUGGCUUGACUAUUCUAUGUUUAGUGUAUUAUAAUUUUAUUUUUAUGUUUAUAUAUUUAAUUUAUAUCUAUUUUAACUGUAUACUGAUUUUGACUUUCCUUGGAGAAAAUUGCCUCAGGACCUCUUAAACAGGGGUCCCUAUCCUUUCUAUAGCUAGGUCCCCUUUACUUACUACCUUUCACUGCCCCAUUCUCGUAUUCCCGACACUCAGAGACGUGCCUCUCAUGGUCAUCAGCUCUGAGUGCCGGGAAAUCUUUCCCCUCAGUGGAUAUGUUCGCCACUCUUACAGCGUUCGACACCCCGAUUGCGCUAUUUCUGUGAUUUGCGCACUCUGCGCAUUCGUAUCAUUUUGCACUCCAAACGCGACCUUUCUGACGCGUUCUGCUAGAUUUUUGUCCCACUGGGUUCACUAGUUUGGCUGCGAACAGUGGCUAUUUCUUAUUCAAGUUGUCUGUUCAUUCGGUAGUUUCUUUUCCAUUUCGUAUGUUUUAUGGUUAGGUUUCUUACUGAACCGUUUGCGGGUUUCUCCAGCAUUCGGUUCUUUUUCAUUCCCGUUCUUAUUUUCACUGGCUUUUCGGGGGCCAUCUUGGAUUUUGUAUGGAGAGAUCCCAGACGGACAUUUUGUUGUCCGGAAUUUUCACAGGUACUUAAUAGACCUGGAUUACACCCCUCCUGCAAGUUUCUGUGAUUUUAUUGAUUUAUAUUGGAUUUUUGGGAUUAUUUCUGCCUCAUUAUUUCUCAUCUGCCUCCAGGGACCUUGUUAAGGUUCGUGUUACCUAGGGGUGUGGGAUGGUUGGUUAGGUUUCACUACCUAGUACUCCGGCCUGGGGUGAGCCCCCCUUAAUUUAGUGCUGCUGAAGGGAGUUGUCUACGCUAUCUCCCAAUUUUGGAUUAUUGUCUGCUAGUGGUAGGAACAUGUAUUUUAUGUUUUACACUCCCGGAGCUAUUGGAAAUGUAUGGAUGUUUUAGAUAUGUUGGAAGCUUAACAUUUUGAAAUGUAUUUUUUUCAAGAUUAAGUUGAGUAUAACAAAGGUAGUUACAUUUCCAAUGAUGAAGAGGAGAUGAUGUGAGGGAGCAGUGCCUUGAAGAAGUGCUCAAGUUCAAGGUGGAUAUGUGUGAUAAGUGAUCCACUUACCACUUGGAGAUAUCCCUCCUAUGCAUAUAGAUCUUGAUCCAACAGAGUAUGGUUUGGAUAUGUAACAUAAACAGAAUGGAGAAACUAAUAUAGUGUAGUAUGUUAGAAAUCCAAGAUAUAAAAUAAGCUCUGUACAAAUGUGCACUCACAUUUACUGGAGCCUUCAGAUGCCUCCUAGUCAAUGGCCUCCUCUCUCGGGUGUGGGUGGAUUAAAAUCCUCAGCAUAGUGUAAAACGAAGAAAUAAAAUAUAGUGUACACUGUGUUGUUAAAACUAAUUUAAAAGUAUUGAAAUAUACUCACUGAGAGCCACAUGUUUUUGCUCAAUUCAAAAGGAUGUGUUCCUGCCAUCGGGGGAAUCAGGAAGGUCCAAUGGUUAUAAUAUGAUUUAAACAUUAUUAUAACAUUGAAAAUAAAAACAAAUAAACGUGUCCUCGCUCACAUCCAUUACUUAAGAUGUACUACUGAGACAUUUACACUUACAGUGGUAAACAUUUAGUGGUUCAUGCUUAUACAUUCUUGGAACAUUUUUGGCUACAUGAGGAAUAACCUAACUCACACCUAUUAAGGUUUCAAUGUCUAUCGAUAGCGACCCCUGUACCACUGAUGUCACACAUGUGUUACCAUUGUGCUCAGUAGCGAGUAAGAUCAGUUGCUAUAAAUAUAAGUACCUCUCCUUAAGAUCAGGCAUUUGAUCAGUUUCCGAGGAAGGCUUUGCUCCCUAUUCCUCAUACCAGCUGCCUCAACUGACUUAUACCAAACUGCCUAUCUAUCAGUGAGUGCAAGAUAUCAUUAAUGUCUAUCUCAGUUUUCACUUUCCCAUCUCCUCGUCCACUUUGCCCCCAUUCCCUCCCCAAAAUGUUUACUUUCUGAUUUUAAAAAAAAAAUUGUCAAGUGAUGCAUGUCCCUUUCAGUCAGAUUGAAAAAGAGGAAUAACUACCCAUUUUUUUUAUUUUCAGCUGUUUUCUAAAACUCCUGAGAUAUAUUUUUUAUCUUUGAAAUUAAUUUGGAGUUUACGUGCUAGUGUGAGGAUACAGCAGCAUUAGUCCUGAGCAAAACUAUUUCCAUGACCAUAUUUUUGGGUCCUCUCUCCAGGUUCUCACGGUUUCAUCUGAAGCACCUAAACGAAUUCAGGCAGCUCUGAAAAAUGCAGAAGAUACAAAAGAAGUCCUUGGACAUCUUCUAGAGAAAGAAGCCAUUGUGAAAGAUUUAAUUGACAAACAUCUUGUUCAAUCUGCCCCAUGGAUGGAGGAUCUAGGGUUGCUGAUAGAUCAGAUGGAAGAAGUGGAGCGACAUCUUUCUUAUCUGAAAUGGAUCUCCCAAAUAGAGGAGCUUAGGUAUGCAAACAUGUAACAGUUCCUCUUAGUGUGACAAGUCAAGAUUGGGCUACUUUGUUCAGAAGGGGAGAGUGUUAAUAUCAACGUAUUUUGUCUCACAGACUAUUUUCAAUGAUAUUAAUGCUAAAUGUGUCCGUGAUGAAAGUGCAGAUUAGCACCUAGUGUCGUUAACUAAUACUUAAGGAUGUUAAGAAUUUUGUGAUUGGCGAUUUAUACAAGGUACAGGAAAAAGUUGUUUUUUUUUUUCCUCCUUAGUGAUAACAUCCAACAACAUCUCAUGACUAAUGAUGUGGCGGAAGCUGCUAACACUUUGGUGUCUAUGGCAGAACUGGCAAUUAAGCUUCAGGAUUCAUCUUGUACUCAUUUAUUGAACUUUCUAAGAUCUACAGUUCAGUUCUGGCAUAAAAUUCUAAAGGAUAAAUUAACAAGGUAACGGUAGUAAACAAGGCAUGACAUAUAAAGAUGUUACCAGACACUUGAUCGAUAAUACAUCAUGACUUCUUUUCUCCACACAGUGAUUUUGAAGAGGUUUUAAAUCUUAUACAGUGGCCUUUUAUUGGUCCUCUUCAGUCCCAAUCCUCUCCUUUGUCAUCUUCAACCAGUAUAACAGAUGUGUACGCUAACCUGGAGACUCUUUUCUCUCAACUACUGAAGCUUCAGACAUCGUAUCCUUUCAAAAUCAAUACAGCGCUAGUAAAACCAUUUUUAAUUCCGUGUACAAUUUUUGUGAAAAAUCAAACUAAUUCUUAAUUUCAGCCAUGCGUCUUCCUUAAAUGUCUCUAUUUACUGCCCUGGGUAUCCAUUGGAUGCAGUAUUGAUGGAUGAUUGUAGAAAUGAUCACCAAACUAUUUGGCCUGCUAUCCAAAAGAAUCCAUUAAAAUACUAGUUUAGUAUUGACAUUUGGGGAAAAUGCUAAAACAAGACCCCUACUGAACUGUAAACUAGUCUGGUCGAUAAAUAGUUCUUUAGAAUUAUAAGGUUGCUGAACUUAAACCUCCAAGAAACAGAAUGCUCGAUUGUUCCUAACCUUCAAUAAGAUUUAUUAUGUUUUCUCAUUCAUUUCUUUUGUUAUUUGUAUCUGUUUAACAAAUGUUUAAUUAGUUAACACCUGUAGAUUCCAUGUGUUGAUUUUUUUUUUUUACUCUAAUUAUGUAAUUGGGUCUUAAUUGAUUAGGUUGACUCACUUGGAGAUAAUUAUACCAGUGCUCCACUGAUUUAACUAAUUUGACUGGUCAUUAUCUGCAGUUGUCUCACAUUCAGAAAAUAUCAUACUAUUUAUUAUUUAAUACAAAUAACUACCCGUACAAAUUUAUUUUCAUAAUGUACCUUUUGCAGGGUCCUCUGGAGAUACACAUACAGAGCCAGUGAGUGUGGACAAUUGUGAUAGGGCAUGUGUACUUCCUCUUCUUUCACAGUGACUAUCAUGCUAUGAGACUUGUGUAAAAACUUGUUUUGGCAGGUUUGUCCAAAUCAAAAUUCUAUUAAUACACAAUCUUACAAAUCACUUUAAAAAAAAUUUGCACAAUUCAAGUAAUUAUAUCUUUAAAGGGGCAUAAUCUGGGGAUUGGCAAUAGGUGUUGCAGGGGGUAAUUAGUAUAAGCAGUUAAGUCCUGGUGCCAGCAAAGUUAUGGGAUGGAACUUGGGAUUGGUCAAGUGUGGGAUCUUGGGGCAGUGUUCUUUGAGUUUUGCUUAAAUUACCACAUUUCCUAUGUACGUAAAAAAUAAAUAAGUUAAAAAAAUACAAAACAAUUUUAAAGACACAAGCAAGAGAAUAUUUCUCAUAAAAUUAUUUUGAAACAUUUGAAAUUGUCAGGUUUUUUUCUGUUCACAUUUUAUCAAACUUUCCUAAGCAUUUGUAACCAGAGAUGAGUUAAUCACUAAACCCAAACAGAUGCCAGAGAAAUAUUCCCUUCCAGUAUCUCCUCCAAUCACACUUCCAAUGCAGAUCAUGCUUUCACCUCUUCAGAAAAGGUUCCGAUAUCAUUUUACUGGCAACAGACAAACAAAUGCUUUAAGUAAGGUGUGUAAAUGAUAUUGUUCAUCAUCCUCCUCGUGGUAAUAAUCUAAUGUAUUAGGUCAAUCCCAACCUUGUUAUCUAUUAUAUAACUACUGAUAAAAAAAUGGGAUAGAGGAGAAAAUGCAUAUUCAUUAUUAUAGUGGUGCUAUUAUAUAAUAUUUGAAAUAUCUUGAUUGCCAAACCAAUAUAUUUGCUUUACUGAUGUUUGUCAACUAAAUAUAUAUUUUCAGAUUCCACCUAGCAGACCAAAGACUCAAUUUAAUAAUUUGGGAUUCACUUUUAAAUGAUUUAAUAUUUCAGGAUAAAGUUUUAAAAUGAUUUUGAUUCUCAAAAUAAUAGAAAAAAUAUCAUAUAUAAAAAAAAUGUUAAUAUUAAAAUGUUUUUUUUUUCAUAAAAUGAAAUAAUUUUAAAUUAAUCCAAAAAUAAUAAAUCACCUGAAAAGCUUAUACAAAGGAAUUAAAUUCAGGCUUAAGUCAGUUAUACAUAUAAAUAGCCUCUCUUAUUACUGAGGAACACUAAGCUAAAUCAUACCUAACCAGCAUAAACUACACUGCAUUUCUAUCUACAAUAAAUGAAUAAACAUAGCAGCCCUCUGUGUAUACUUAUCUAUACACAGCAUAAGGACAGGACAGCAACAACCUUCCAGUCAGCAGGAGGACAAGAAUCGAGAACUCCAGAGAAAUCCAAUGUGUUUACCUGAGUAGAUGUAUAUCUCCAAAAGGGUUUAACUAUAAGGAAGAAUGGCUAUUUAUUUGCAUAUUAAGGCUGGUCAGAUAUGUCACUUAAUAAGGAAGGGAUAAUCAUGUAAAACGCAAUGUCAACACAAUUGGCACUAUUGAAGAUCAUGUUUAGUACUCUUGGGUAGAGCGAUACUGUAUGAACAAAUUAUUGUUGUGUAGGUUUUUUUAUGAAGGUUAUAUCAGUAUAAAUAUCACACUUUAUACAUAUUUUGAUAGUGUAUUUAAAAUGACAGGGACAGUGGAUGAAAAAUACAGAUGGUCCUCGUUUGGCAACCUACCUGUUUUACGACGGCUCGCACUUACGACCAGCUCUCUCGCAGGGUGGUAAGUGCGAUCUGUCGUGGGAAUUAGAGGGGUUCCCUGCUCUAUUGCGUUUUUCUAUGUUCGGGGAUGUUUCCCAGAACAUAGACGAACGCAACAGAGCAGGGAAUCCCUCUACUCUAUAUUUGGGGACAUUUCCCUGAGCAUAGGUUAAAGGGAUUCCUGUAACAUAUUCAUCCUCACCUUGCGGUAAUUGUGCUCAGUGGCCAUGCGUCUGUAUACCUGACUCCAGCAACAUGUUGAGGGACGCCGGCCGCUGCGGAUCCACGCCAAUUUUCGGCCAGUCAAUUUUGUAAAGGGCUUAUUUAAACGCAAUUUUACUUUUCCUCAUUGCCAUGUCUUGGUUUCCCUUAGUGGUUGUCCGAGAGUGUGUUCCUGAGCGUUUACUUCUGGUUAUUGACUUUGGCUUCGUUUUGACUUCCCUGUAUUCUGGUAUCCCUGACUUUUGGCUUUCCCUUAUCGUUGUGUCCCAUUCUGUGUCCCUGACUUCAGCAAGUAUUCUGACUAUUCUUUGGUACGUUAAGUCCGGCCUUUCUAAGGCCCGGUAAAACGUUACCUUCUAGUCCUAUGUGUGAUACAACUCUACGUGCUGGAUCAAUUAGUAAUCCUGACAUUACGACAUGGCCAUAGAUCCUGAAUUGUGUCAGCACAUAGCAGCUUGCGAGAGAAAGCUAGAGGAGAAUGAUCACCGUAUGGAUCAAUUUGCCCAGGCUUUCAGUACGCUUCUAACUCGAACAGCGCAUCUACAACCUGAGGCUUCUCCGACUAUGUCUCCUCCACCUAAUGUACCUCCACCUAUUGUACAGAAGGCACCUACUAUCUCCUGAUCUCCUCCCCCACAUUUUGAUGGUAGUAUUCAAGAAUGCCGGGGAUUUCUGAAUCAAAUUGAGUAUCAUUUUGAGGCCUCGCCGGGAUCUUUUUCCUCAGAUAGUGCUAAGAUUGGUUACCUAAUGAACCAACUUAAAGGUAAAGCCUUAGCUUGGGCCAAUCCGUUAUGGGAGAAUAAUAGGAGUGUUGCACAUAAUUACCAGGAAUUAAUUGCGGAAUUCAAAUUAACAAUCAAACUAUAAGGCAAGGAGGAUGACGCCUCGACUGCCCUAAUGCAUAUUAGACAAGGGAACCGGUCUAUAUCUGAUUAUGCCAUAGAAUUUCGCACCUUGGCUUCUGAGGUAGAUUUGACUAAUAGCCAGCUAAUCUCUGCAUUUAAAAAAGGAUUAUCCGAAGCAAUUCUGGACGAGAUUUCAGCCAAAGAUCUACCUAAAAAAUUAAAUGAGCUUAUCACGUUUGUUAUUCAAAUUGAUAAUAUUUUAAGAACCAGAGAAAUUACCAGAACCGAACUAGACUUAUGACUAUGUCGUUGGAACCUAGUUUCUCCAGAACUGUUGUUCCUGACCUCUCUACACAGUCCGAACCUGAAACUAUUCAUUUAGGGGUCACUAGACUGUCAGAGGCAGAAAGACAAUAUAGGAGAAAAGAGGGUCUAUUCCUAUACUGCGGUAGAGAAGGCCAUAUGAGGAGUGCUUGUCCCAUACGUCUGGAAAACUUCUGCACAUAAGAACCUUAAGGGGACAGGUCUUAGGUGUGAUGGAUACGUCCUCUGGUAACAACCAAAAUGGGUUUCUCCUUGAUAUUAUGGUCCUGUGUAACAAAAAUAACUUUUCAUGCAAAGCACUGAUGGACUAGUGCAGCAGGAAAAUUCAUUAACAUACAUUUUGUUAAGAAACCGUUAGUACCUUUCAAGGAGAGAUCAUCACCUCUCACUGUUGAGGCUAUUGACGGGAGACCUCUCUCUCAACCCUUGAUUACUAAUGAAACCUUGCCUAUUAACAUUUCUAUUUGAGCUCUACACAAGGAAGACAUUACAUUCCAGAUAAUUGCUUCUCCUUCUUGUCCCAUCAUAUUAGGAUUUCCUUGGCUCACUAAGCAUAAACCUCAUAUUGACUGGGCAAAGGGAGAAAUACUGGAAUGGGGUAAAGAAUGUACAGAGAGAUGUGUAUUACCCAUUACCAAAAGAGUGGGCAUUGUUACAUCAUAUUAGGAUUUCCUUGGCUCACUAAGCAUAAACCUCAUAUUGACUGGGCAAAGGGAGAAAUACUGGAAUGGGGUAAAGAAUGUACAGAGAGAUGUGUAUUACCCAUUACCAAAAGAGUGGGCAUUGUUACAUUACCCAUUACUACGCCUCAGACUCCUGAAAUUCCCAUACAAUACUGGGAGGUAAAGGAGGUAUUCAGUAAGAAUCAGACCAAUAUUCCACCUCCUCACAGACCAUAUAACUGAUCCAUAAAUCUGCUACCCGGCACUAUGCCACGUAAGGGGGCAGUGUAUGCCUUAUCUCCACAGAGAGUAGAAUAAUGGAAGAAUACAUUACAGAUUCCCUAAGGAAGGGCCACAUAUGUAAAUCAUCCUCACCUGGCAUCCAAAAAAGAUGGUGAAUUACGUCCAUGCAUUGACUACAGGGCAUUAAACAAAUCACCAUUAAAAAUGCUUACCCCAUUCCCCACAUUUCCGAAUUGUUUGAUAGACUCCAGGGGGCUAAAGUCUUUACUAAACUUGACCUCAGGAGUACGUACUAUUUAGUAAGAAUUAAAGAAAAUCAUGAGUGGAAAAUGGCAUUUAACACUAGAAGUGGGCACUAUGAGUACCUUGUGAUGCCCUUCGGGUUGUGCAAUGCUCUGGCCGUGUUCCAAGACUUUAUUAAUGAUGUACUCAGGGACUAUAUUUAUUAAUUUGUCCUAGUAUAUCUGCAUGAUAUCCUUAUUUAUUCCCCUGACCUUCAGAUUCACCACAAACAUGUCAAACAAGUAUUACAAACUUUACUUAAGAAUCAACUUUAUUGUAAACUGGAAAAAUGCAUCUUUGAUCAGACUGAAGUACAGUGUUUGGGGUAUAACAUUUUUGCCUCUGGCUUUCGGAUGGACCCUCAUAAUCUACAAGCUGUUCUACAUUGGCCAUUGCCCAGUGGACUAAAAGCAAUUCAAAGGUUUAUUGUGUUUGCCAAUUAUUAAAGGAGAUUUCUCAAAGGGUUCUCUUCUGUGAUAGCGGCCAUCACCAAUAUGGCGCGCAAGGGGGCUUGCAGUACAAUAUGGUCUAAAGAGGCUAGAGAAGCUUUUGAACUUCUCAAACAAAGAUUUGCUUCUGCUGACAUAUUGAUACAUCCGGACACCAGAAAACCCUUCAUGCUGAGGUUGAUGCCUCCGAAGCGGGGAUAGGAGCUGUUCUCUCUGAGGGAGAGUCAAGAUACCCCUUUGCAUCCCUGUGGAUACUUCUCUAGAAAAUGGUCUCCCGCUGAGCGUAAUUAUGAGAUUGGCAGCAGAGUAUUAUUGGCCAUUAUACUAGCGCUUAAUCCCCAGAAGUUUGGUCCUUAAGGGGUUAAAGAGUGGCGACAUCUUUUAGAGGGUUCAAAGGAUCCCCUUUUGCUCAUUAAUGACCUCAAGAAUUUGGCUUAUAUAGGAGAUGCUAAACGACUAUACUCUAGACAGGCUAUAUGGUCUUAAUUCCUUUCUCGCUUUAAUUUUCUGAUAACUUACAGGCCUGGCCCAAAAACGUGAAGGCAGAUGCCUUAUCUAGGCAGUUUGAUACUGAAUCAGUACAGGAACAAGAGACAUCCCCUAUUAUUCCUCCUGAGUGUAUCAUCGCUUCCACUGUCCUUUCCUUAUCAUCUCCUCUGCUUGGCGCCAUCAUGGAAGCUCAGUCUCAGGCGCCAUGCAAUAAACCAAGGCAUAGAUUGUUUGUUUGUUUGUUCCUUUGGGUGAAAGGGAAAAUGUCAUGAAGGUAUUCCACAAAAAUGUGACUGCUGGACACCCGGGCGUUAAUAACUCCAUAUCCGCGAUCAUGAGAUCAUUAUGGUGGGAUUUUCUCAGAAAUGAUGUUAAAGAAAAUGUCCAGGCCUGUUCUACCUCAUAAGCUUCCAUGUAGAUUGUUACAUCCACUUCCCAUUCCUAAUGUUCCAUGGCCCCAUUUGUCUAUGGAUUUCAUUGUAGAACUUCCUAAUUGUAAUGGCUAUACCACCAUCCUUAUGGUGGUUGACCCAGUGGCGAAUCCACACACAUACUGCCGCCCAUACAAACACAUUGCCCCCAUACACACACAUUGCCCCCCAUACUGCCCCCCAUACACACACAUUGCCCCCCAUACACACACUGCACCCCAUACUGCCUCCAUACACACACACAUUGCCCCCAUACACACAUAUUGCCCCCAUAUACACACAUACUGCCCCCCAUACACACAUACUGCCCCCAUACACACACUGCCCCCCAUACACACACUACACACACACUGCCCCCCAUACACACACUGCCCCCAUGCACACACACUGCCCCCCAUACACACACACUGCCCACACUCACACAUACACUGCAAUACUCACACACACACUGCAUCCCUGACAUACACUGCCGCCCUCACUCACAUACUACAACCUUCACACACACACACUGCUCACACACUGUCCCCCUCUCACACACACACACACACACACACAUACUGCACCCCUUACACAUUGCACCACUCACACACACCACUGCUCAUAUGCCCUACUACAGCCCCAUUUCCCAGCAGACCUCAGGUAAGUUGUCAAACUGUUCUUAAACGGUUUGACUACUUACUCUGGGAGGGGGUCCCGGCACUGUUGACACCAUAACCACUACACUGAGCUGUAGUGGUUUUGUGUCUGGAUUAUUUCUUUUAAUAAUCUACAAGUGCCCCUCCCGAGAUCAGGCUCUGGAUCCGCCACUGGGUUGACCGCUUUUCUAAGAUGGCUCAUUUCGUUCCAGCUGGGUACAGGAAACUGAAGCUCCUGUACCGCGGUCAUCUCUGCUCCUCUUGAUCACGCUACACUGAGUGACUGGCACGAGGGAGCGCUGUGCGCUUCCUUCCUGCCGGUCACUCGAUUCUUGCGCCUCCAGAGACGGUGUGCCCUAAGACAGCUGCCUGUGCCGCCAUGUAGACGCGACAGCCCUCUUACAUUAUCGGCAAUAUCUGUAUCGAUAGUAGCAGAUACCGAUAUUUGCCAAAAUCUGGAAUAUCGGCCGAUAAUAUCGGCCAAACCGACAAUCAGUCUAUCCCAUAUAUAAUAUACACACUACAAGGACACUCCAGGUGCAACACCUCGCCCAUUGGUUUUUACUUGCUUCUUUACGGGACGAGAGAACCUCGGUUCUGGUAACCUAGCUGUCCUUAGAACUGUAUCAGUACCUGACAAGACCUUAUUGUUUUUAUACAAAAUUAAGCCCUGGGCUCAAACUCCCAAUACUUCUGGGUAGCAGCAAUGAUACAUAAAAAGAAAAGAAAACAUCCCAAAUCCCUAUGUACAUUUAAAUAAAUAGAGAUUUUUAUGUAUCACUUCAAUGGCCAUUAAAGUAUAAGCUCACCUGCCAUGGCAACACAAAGCAUACUGAAUCCUACACUAACCAUUUCUAUUGCAGCUUUCAGCUAGGUGGCAAUAUCUCUAAUAGGACAGAGAGGGGGAUUUCUAGAACCCUACACACUUGAUGUCCACAACUUGUGAUCAUUGUGAGAGUUUUAUGGAAUUAAUAUAGUGACUGUUUUUGAAAGGUCAAACUUUUUGUUGUGGUAUUUGGAUUAAUAGUAAUGCUUUAAAAACCUGCUGGUCCUGGUAGCAGUUUACUCUGUCCUUUUGUAUGUUUAAAGAUAAUGUAUGUUGCUUUAUUUUAUUUUAGCCUGAAUGGUACCUUACCCAGGUGCUGAUGUGGAUUGGAAACCACUCUAAGUUUUUACAGGAGAGGAUCCAACCUAUUCUCAACAAGGCUAGUUCCUCAAUAAAUGCAAAGGUAAGUAAGUAAGUAUUGAUGCUGAGGGGAAGAAGAGUAAGAGAGAGGGGCUUGAGUGCUGGCACCUGACAUGAUGUGUACGGGAUUUUAGAGAUUGAAAAAAGCUACAUAGAUUAAACGCAAGUCCAACCCUGAAAUCAAUUAGCACUUGGAAGGUAAUUAGGGCUUAACCCAGAUAGAAUUAGAAUUAGAAUUAGAGAAAAUAGGAAAUUUGAGACAAGGUCCCCAAUAAGACAAAGAGAUGGGGAGACCAAAUAUCAAAAGAUUGACCCCACUAGUAAUUUAAUUCUUCUUGCUAUUUAGCUUAAAAACAUGUAUAGUCUUUGUUAAAUUCAAUUAGAUCACCUACAAUAUACAUACAUCUAUUAAGUCGAUAAAGAAAAAUCGUGCUUGUGAAAAAGUAAUAAAAAAGGGAAACUAAAUAAGCCAAAAUACUCAGUCUCAGAAUCCUUGUAGGGAUCACCAUAACCCUAAAUAUUUUUAAUUUUGUAUCUAAUUAGGGUAGUUUGGGCGUUAGUUAAAGAAAGAUAGGAUUACAUUUUCAGAGCCUUUGCAAAACUGUCAUGUUUCAUAAAUACUAUGAAACAACAUGAAUGAAUGCUUUGUGAGCUAGCCACACAGUAGUAUCUUUUAAGUCAUUGGUUUCCAAAUUUAACAAGUUAGUUUUCAACAUCAGAGAGGACAUGAGUCUGUGAGCAAAUGCUCUUGUAGGUGCCACACUUGUGCCUCUAGAGGGAAAUUGUUCAGAAAAGGAUAAGAUCACUGAGGCAUGAUUUCAACAAGCCAAUGUGUGGGGUGGAUUCUGUAUUACUGAGAAGAUCUAUAAAGGUAGGAGGAGUGUAUCCUGGGGUAUUAUUAUUAUUAUUGCCAUUCAUAUAGCGCCAACAGAUUCCACUGCGCUUUACAAUAUGAAAGAUGGGGAUGUAACUAUAAAUAGGACAAUUACAAGAAAACUUACAGGAACGAUAGGUUGAAGAGGACCCUGCUCAAAUGACUAAUAAAUUAAUUUGUCUAGUAGCAUGCAUAUCUGUCUCGUAAGACUCUCUGUAAAUGCUGCUGAUGAAGGUAAAAAGAAAAAAAAAAGUAGGCAUAACUUGGAAACUGUUCUGAUGAUAAAAUGUUUCCCUGUAUGUUAUUGCAAUGCUGCCAGUGGAAACACACUGUGACAAUUCUAGCAGAGAAAAUCACUAUAUAUCCAAUACCUGUGAUGUAAUUUCAUUCUAGGUAUUGAUCCACUUAUAUGUGAUAAAUACCACUGCAGUCUUAUGUGUCUGUAUCUUUUUUACAGCUGGAGUUUACCAAAGGGCUUGUCAUGCUGGUGCUGGAGAAACUGUCUGUGGACAUCCCUUGCCUAUUGUAUGACGAUAUCUUGUUUUGCCAUCUUGUGGAUGAGGUUCUUCUCUUUCAGAGAGAACUCACAUCUGCACACAGCUAUACUGGGAACCUGCCUAACUGUAUGCACAUUCUCUCCGAAGAGGUGGCUUUUCAAAGGUGGCUAACUGUGGAAAGGAAGUGUAAGCCAGCUAAAUUAUUUUAAACAUAAACUACUUCGUGUGUGCGUUUGCAGCUCUGCCACAUAUUCAUUCUUGCAAUAUCUGUGCUGUAGUUUGCAGCACAAUAUAGUGUUUAGCAGGAAAGCGCACAUUGGUCAAUGCUUUUAUUCUGCCCUCUUUCUACUGAAAGGGCAGAAUGGGAGGUAGCAAAUGUGAAUGUGUUUCUUCUCUCCCCUCUUUUCUCUUCUCACUGUUAAUCAGGAACAAGAAGCAUGCACCGGUCCAUAAGUUUCCUGUUUUGUAGUGUAAUAAAACUUCUGCCAUAUGAUUUUAUUUGUAUCUUCCACAUUCUGCAGACAGUAGCCAAACAAAAUACUUGUAGAAAUAACCAUCACCAACAUGGUAGGGAGCAUCACAUGUACAAAUAUCUCACCCUUAUUUCCCUUUUAAAGUAAAACUGUUGCCUAUCUUUAAAGUUUUGCUAAAUUGUUUCAAUUAAAUGUAUACUUAUCAAAAAUAAAAAAAAAUUUCACUGUAUUCAAAUUAAGCUUCUUGAAGCUUUGUGGAUAGUAACCUACUUAAAACUGUUCCGGGGCUGCCACUAGCCCACCUUUGUGGGCAUCAUCUCAGUUGUUUGACCUUGUGCUCUUGGUGAAGUCUCCACCACUUCCCCCCCACCACUUAAGCACAAACUGAGAACGGCCUUUAGGCUUUUGGACCUCUGUAUUGAAUGAAUGAAGAGAGUCUGUCUUCCUGGAGGGAUGGAAUAACGUUAGUAUUUUUUUAAAAUGUAUUUAAAGAAAUCUAUACAUUUGCUAGCAAUUUUGUUAUUUAGAUGCUUCAUUGUCACGUGAACAUAUAAAUAUACUAUUAUUAUUGACAUGCUAUAACACUAACUUGUUAAGUAUCAUCAAUAUCAUCGUGCUAAAUGUUUGGUCCUUUCUGAAUUUUCAGUGGCCCUUGAAAAGAUGGACUCAAUGCUGUCAUCGGAGUCUGCCUGGACCUCACAAUACAAAGAUAUCUCUGAUGUGGAUGAAAUGAAGGUCCCAGAUUGUGCUGAAACUUUUAUGACUCUAUUGCUCGUUAUUACAGGUAUUUAAUAACACUUUGACUAAAGCAUGGGUGUCCAACCUUUUGGCUUUCCUUGGCCGCAUUGAGCGCAGAGGAAUUGUCUUGGGCCACACAUAAAAUCUAUAAUAUAAUUAAUUUAUAUAAUGAAACUUAACCCCUUUUAUUAAUUUUGUUUAGUAGAUAACGCCCUUAUUUGUUAUCCUUAUGUGGAAUUGCCACAUUAAAGGAUACCAAAUUAGGGAGUUAUCUACUAAAUACAUACACAUGUAUAUGCAUAUGCACACAUAACCAGAGAUAUAUACACACACACAAUCACAAACCUAUAUACACGAUCAUAGACACACAAAUACACUCACAGACCUAUGCGCACAAUAACAAAUAUACACAUUGUACAGCGCUAUAAUAAAAUAAUAAUACACAAUCAAUCACAGACUUAUACACAGUCACAUAUGCACACAUAAUCACAGACAUACACGUACAAUCACGGACCUAUACACACAAUUACAAAUAUACACACACACAAUCACGGACUUAUACACACAGUCACAUACACCCUGUUCCAAAUUAUUAUGCAAAUUCUAUUUAAGUGUCACAAAAAUUAAAUAUUUUGCUUUUCAGUUUAACUCAUGGGAUGGCAUUGUGUCUCAGGGCUAUUUUGAUCAGUGAAAACAAUCUUGGACACCUGUGAAAAUUAGAUUGCCAGGUGAGCCCAAUUUAAGGCAAAACUACUAAAGGAGGGUGUUCCACAUUAUUAAGCAGAGCACCAUUUUCAUGCAAUAUGGGGAAGAAAAAGGAUUUCACUGCUGCCGAAAAGAGUGAAAUAGUUCAAUGCCUUGGACAAGGUUUGAAAACAUACUGAUAUUUCACCAAAACCUAAGCGUGAUCAUCGUACUAUUAAGAGAUUUGUGGCUGAUUCAGAGCACAGACGGGUUCAUGCAGAUAAAGGCACAUUGAGGAAGAUUUCUGCCAGAUUCAUGCAUCGGAUCAAGAGAGCAGCUGCUAAAAUACCAUUACAUAGCAGCAAACAGAUAUUUGAAGCUGCUGGAGUCCCACGGACAUCAAGGUGUAGAGUCCUCCAGAGUCUUGCAACUGUGCAUAAACCUUCUGUUCGGCCACCACUAACCAAUGCUCACAACCAGAAACGUCUGCAUUGGGCAGAAAAAUACAUGAAGACUAAUUUUCAAACAGUCCUGUUCACUGAUGAGUGCCGUGCAACCCUGGGUGGUCCAGAUGGAUGGAAUAGUGGAUGGUUGGUGGACGGCCACCCUGUUCCAACAAGGCUGCGACGUCAGCAAGGCGGUGGUGGAGUCAUGUUUUGGGCCGGAAUCAUGGCAAGAGAGCAUUUAGGGUCCCCGGAGGUGUAAAGAUGACCUCUGCAAAGUAUGUGGAGUUUCUGACUGACCACUUUCUUCCCUGGUACAGAAGGAAGAACUAUGCUUUCCGUAAUAAAAUCAUCUUCAUGCAUGACAAUGCACCAUCUCAUGCUGCAAAGAAUACCUCUGCAUCAAUGGCUGCUAUGGUGUUAAAACCAGAGAAAGUCAUGGUGUGGCCUCCAUCCUCCAAAAAUACUGUUAUCAUUAGGAAGUUUGUGCAAUACAAUUUGAAUUGUACUCUUAAUAGUUGAUAACAUGAGAAGUAUGCUGACUGUUAUUUACAUCAAUUAUUUAGGUAAAUGAGAAAAAUAUCAUUUACAUAAUUUGGAACAGGGUGUACAUAAUCACAGCUUUACAUACACACAGAUACACACACAAUCACAGACCCCCACACAAACACACAUACAAUAACAGACCUAUACACAAUUACAGAUAUACCCACACACACAAUCCCAGACCUAUAUGCACAAUCACGUAUAUGCACACACAAUCAGACCCAUACACACAACACAUACAUUCACACACAUAAUCAGAUAUACCCACACACAAAAUUACAGACCUAUACGCACAAUCACAUACAUACACACACAAUCAGACCCCACCCCCCACACACACAAUCACAUACCUAUACACACAACACAUUCAUUCACAUACAUUCACCUAUACGCACAAUCACAUACAUGCAAACACAUCAAACACAAAAUCACAAAUACACACACACAUACAUAAUCAAAGAUAUACACACACAAUCGCAUACCCACACACAUAAUCACUGACUUACACAGAAACACACACAGACCCCCCCACCCACACACACAAUCACUGACAAAUCAUACACAAAAAAUACAUUAAUCACUGUGCCAUGUAGUGUGUGUGUGUGUGUAUAUGUAUGUGUGUGUAUGUAUAUAUAUAUAUAUAUAUAUAUAUAUAUAUACACACACACACAUGCUCACUACAUACAAGCUCACAACAUACUAGCUCACUGACACACACACACGUUAACUACACACAAGUGCACUGACAGACAAGCUUACUGACACACACAAAUGCUCACUACAGACAAGUUCACUUACAAACGCACAUGCUCACUACGGAUAAGCUCACUGACACACAAACAUACAAGCACAUACACACAAAGUCACUGACAAAUUAGCUGAAGCUUACCUGGCACUGAAGACUGUGGGAGCCCUUUCUUGACCUCUUCCUGCUUGAGUGGGAGGGGGGGACUUAUGUGCGGGAGGUGGAGCUUGCAUGUGGGUUGAAGCAUGGAAGCAGAAUUGGCAAAAAUUGUGAAGGGAGCCUGAUAGUGCUCCCUCCGGCCGCCAGCACCCCAUUCAUUAAUUCCCUUAGACUGACACAGUCUGUCACAAUCUAAAGGGGGAAAUUAUUUAAAUUCUUUUUCACAAACCAUAAUUAAAUUAUCUCUGUACAUAAAUACAUGAAUAACUGAUCAGAAUGGCAGAAGUCUUCCCUUUAAAACUGUACAGAAUUCCUAAUAUGACAUAUGUUUCGUGCUCUGUCUGCCAGAUAGGUAUAAGAACGUUCCUACUGCCUCACGAAAGCUUAAGUUCCUGGAGUUGCAGAAAGACCUAGUGGAUGAUUUCAGGAUACGAUUAACACAAGUGAUGAAAGAAGAGAGCAGAUCACCUCUGGCAUUCAAAUACUGUGCAAUUCUCAAUGCGGUCAACUAUAUUGGAACUGUGCUGGGAGACUGGGCUGACAAUGUUGUAAGUAGGACCCUUAUUAAAUAUAUACAAAUAUACUCAUGCCAGGCUUGUCUUUCCAAAUCAUUCUGUUUAUUAUAUAUUGCUGUUAUUUUAUUGAAAAAUUGAUUAAUCCAAAUGGGCCGGUAAGGAUAGAUCUAAUACAUAUCAUAAAUUUGAAGAUUUGGUGUAUAUAGCUUCCUGUGGGAGAUUACUUUGCUGUAGAGGGAUUUAGAUAGACUGGGGGACUGGGCACUCAAACGGCAGAUGAAAUUUAAUGUUGAAAAAUGCAAAGUUAUGCACUUCGGCGUAAAGAAUACACAUGCAACGUAUACCCUUAAUGGAAGCGAAUUAGGGAUAACAACACACGAAAAGGACUUGUGAAUUGUUAUAGACAACAAACUAUGCAACAAUGUGCAAUGUCAAUCAGCAGUGGCCAAGGCCAGUAAGGUAUUGUCAUGCAUGAAAAAGGGCAUUCAUUCUCAGGACAAGAAUAUCAUUUUGCCUCUUUAUAAAUCACUGGUAAGACCCCAUAUUGAAUAUGCUGUGCAAUUUUGGGCACCUGUUCUAAAGAAGGAUAUUAUGGCACUAGAAAAAGUGCAGAGGCGGGCUACAAAAUUAAUAAAAGGAAUGGAACAUAUUGGCUAUGAAGAAAGGCUAACAAAUUUAAACCUAUUUAGUUUAGAAAAACGUCGCCUGAGAGGGGAUAUGAUAACAUUAUACAAAUAUAUUUGGGACCAAUACAAACCAUUGUGUGGAAAUCUAUUCACAAACCGGACUUUACAUAGGACACGAGGCCAUGCGUUUAGACUGGAAGAAAGAAGAUUUCAUCUAAGGCAAAGGAAAGGGUUUUUUUACUGUAAGAACAAUCAGGAUGUGGAAUUCUCUGCCUGAAGAGGUGGUUUUAUCAGAGUCCAUACAGAUGUUCAAAUGGCUACUAGAUGCAUACUUGCUAAAACAGAAUAUUCAAUGAUAUAAUCUUUCAAUGUAGGGUAAUAACUGCUUGAUCCAAGGAUAAAUCUGACUGCCAUUCUGGGGUCAAGAAGGAAUUUUUGUUUCCUAGCUUGUUGCAAAAUUGUGCUUCAAACUGGGGUUUUUUUGCCUUCUUUUGGAUCAACAGCAAAAAACAAAUGUGAGGUAGGCUGAACUUGAUGGACGCAUGUCUCUUUUCAACCUAUAUAACUAUGUAACUAUAUGAUUACCCUCUUGUCCCAUAGGUGAUUGAGUCCUUGUAAGGUAUAUACACAAUUGGAUAAUUAUCUGUUCAGUGGCCAAAAGCAAAAUUGGCAACAGCAGUCUGUGAGUGAUCUUGGAUAUGAUGAUAUAGCCUGCAGCAUUCUUCAUCGGCUUCAAUGAGCUAGCAAGAGAAAAUAAAUGGGGAAUAGAGGGUAACAUUUCUUGUCAUACUGUCCUUCUCAACCUGUAGUACAUUACAUUGUACCCGAUAGGGUACUUAUAUUUGGAAUAGGUAAUACUUCUGCUUCUUGAUAGGAGGUAGACAAAAUAUUUUUUGGCCUGCUCAUCUGACUCACAUGCCUUUAAUCCACACCCGGACAAACUGAUUGUCCAGGGUUUACCUGUAGAGUCUUAUUCAAUGGAUAAAACUAUUAGGAGGGCCUAAAGGUUUGUUAUUAAAUAAAAGGUUGGAAAGAAAAUAAUGUAUCUGCAUCCUAUUUAGAUACAAAAGAGAUAACUGUCCUUUAGUCUCAAACCAGGCAGAGCUGGACUUGCGCCUUUAUAGAGGUGGGUGCUGUAAACCUCAAAACAUCAUGCUAUCCUGCUAUGUACAUGGGCUUGCACCUCAUAAUCUGUACUAGUGAAAAGCAAAUAGAGGUAAAAAGUAUUAUGGGCUAGAGAGACUGUUAAAAAGUUUGCAAUUGUCUAUUCAGGACACACCAUGGUUAAAGUGCUAAAUAUAUUCAAUUGUGUAAAGGAUGUUCUGAUCCUUCCUGUUCUUCCACCAGAGUGAGAGAAAGAUGUGAAAUGCUGUGUGCAGCAGUACUCUCAUUUAUGUGAAUGUCCUCUGUAUAAAAAUAGGCGUUUAUAAAAUAAAUGUCCGAAAUGCCAAUCUAAAAGUGGCUACAACACUGAUGUGGAUAUCUCUCCUGUCCACCCAAUCCUAAAUAUUGUAAAAAUAGGGGGGUUGGAAGGUAACAACCACCACCAGUUCCCUAUUACUAUUAUUAUGAUACUUAUAUAGCGCCAUCGAAUUCCUUAGCGCUGUACAAUGGGUGGACCAACAGACAUGUAGUUGUAACCAGACAAGUUGGACACACAGGAACAGAGGGGUUGAGGGCCCUGCUCAAUGAGCUUAAAUGCUAGAGGGAGUGGGGUAUACUGACACAAAGGGGAUAAGUAGUGGUAAUAAAAUAGGUUGCUAGAAAAGUAUUCACUGAGAACUUAGUAGGUUAUUUUUGACAGUUGUAGGAGAGGAGUUAUGGGUGUCAGCUCCAUCUACCUCCAGCAAAGAAGGGCUACCCCCCUUUAGUGGGUAACAAGCUUUAAUACCCAGAGCCAGGUUAGUCUAAUUGGCUUUGGCUAAGGUGAGCAAUUUUCAUUUGAUCCAUUUCCUCCCACCUUGUACUUUAUAUAUUACACAAGAAGCUAUUUUUCUUGUGCUUUCUUUUGAGUGUAUGAGAAGAAACAAGAAGAGGAAAAGGUGUCACCUAAGUACAUUAAAGUGGUCGUGAUUUGAGCCAGUCCUAUACCUUAGCUCUAUGUUUGUGAGGUUCUCUCAUUUAUAUCUAUUAUAGAACUUCUUGAAUGUACUGUAGACAUCCUGCAUGAACCAUAUGGAGGACAUAUUCAUAUAGCUUCCAUUUGUUUCAAAGGAGUCAUUUGUGGGUGUACUACAUUAAAUUCAUCCAACAACUUGUUUCUGUUUAAUUCUGUGCUAUACGCUCAUUACAAAAAAAUAAAAGGAAAUUAAGUUAAGGAACAUAUUACUUUCGUUGCCAGCCUUAGGAAAAAAACAUCUGGAAAAGAUAUUCGAAAAGUAAUUGGGAUGUUUUUUUUUUGUUUUAAAUACGCUAUCUCAGAUCUAAAGGGUAAGAAAAUCAUGGCAAGUAGAGAUCAGUUUUGUAUACAGACAUAUACAGAUGUCUCUGCUAUUAUGUAUUUAAAAGUAGUGUGUAUUCCUCUUCUUCUAAAGCCUUGCUUAUUGUCUGCCUGUCUGCAGUUCUUUUUACAGCUUCAGCAGGCUGCCCUCGAGGUCUGUACAGACACUGCCUCCAGCAGUAAGUUACAGCUUGGCCAGCUGGCCUCCAUGGAAAUCUCUGUAUUUGAUGAUAUGAUUAACCUGCUGGAGCGACUGAAAAGUGACAUGCUCUCUCGCCAGGUGGAACAUGUGUUCAGAGAGGUUAAAGAAGCUGCCAGGAUCUACAAGAAAGAAAGGUAAAUGAUUGCAGAAAGAUAAUCUGUGAUUGGAGGAGCACCAUAUAAAUCUGCAUGCCUUUCCAAGUUCAAUCCAGGCUGUGUAACAUCCCUCCAUACGAGGUGGUACCACCACAGUGAAGCAGACCUGUUACUGUCGUUGAAGACAUGUCUUGACUUCUCUGUCCCAAUUUGUGGCAAAUAACCUAAUUCAGUGCUAAAGACAUAAAAAAGAUCUGAGACAUCUGUGCUGCUUGAAUACAGUUGUAUUUUCCUGCAUUGAUAGUCACCAUACACUGCCAGUUAUAAAUGAGGUGUUGCUGGUAAAGAACUGCUGGCUUGGUCACAACUUCUUUCCAUGCAAUCCCUACUAUUAUAAUUGUGUGAUAAAUUAAAGGGACACUAUAGUCACCCAGGUCACUUAAUCUCAUUGGAGUGGUCUGGGUGCAGUGUCUCUGACCCAUUUAGUCCUGCAAUGUAAAACAUUCUCUAAUUUUAGAGAAACUACAAUGAUUACAUUGCAGGAUUAAGGUUGCACAUGUGGCUGUCACUCAGACAGCCACUAGAGACACUUUCUGGUGGUUAAGCGACUUUUGGUUGCUGAACUGACGCAGUAUGUCCUCACGCUCUACAUGAGGACAACCAAUGUCUGUGAAAUCCCCAUAGGAAAGCACUGAAGCAAUGUUUUCCUAUAGGGAGGGCUGCGCAUGCGCAUUAGGCUCCCCUGUUGGAAGAGGCAGAACACUGACUCAGCACCCAGGGACAUUGGUGCUGGAAUCGGAUAAGUGACUAUAGGUUUUAUUUUUUUUACUUUUUGCCUGUGGGGGCGGGGACCAGAGGGCACUAUAGUGUUAGGAAUACAGAUUUGUAUUUCUAACACUAUAGAAUCCCUUUCAGCAAAUUUUCCAGAAAACUGUGCAUCCUACAUGGACCAUUUGUGAAGCAAUGUAGAGCUGACAGUUUUGUCCGUUUGCACAGCUAGUAAUGGCUAUUGUUGGUUAUUUUAGGUGGCUGUCACUGCCGUCACAGUCAGAACAAGCUAUGAUGUCCUUGUCUAGUACAGCCUGCCCGAUGCUGCUCACACUCAGGGACCGUCUGUUGCAAAUGGAGCAGCAGCUCUGUCAUACUCUGUUUAAAACAGUCUGGCAGAUGCUGGCGGAGAAGCUGGAUAUGUUCAUUUAUCAAGAUGUAAGUAAGACUGCUGCUAGAUGACAGAUGUUUAUUGUGUGGGCCUAGAUAUUUGAGUUUUUUUUCUUUUUCCAAGGUUAUUUUGGCAAAUCAUUUUAAUGAAGGAGGAGCAGCACAACUCCAGUUUGAUAUGUCCCGGAAUCUCUUUCCUUUAUUUUCACACUACUGCAAAAAGCCUGAAAACUAUUUUAAGCAGUAAGUAGUUUGUAUUGCAGAGCAUGUUGUAUCAUGCAUGAACAAGAUGAUUUCAUGGUAAACAAACACCACAAACCAGAGUGGAACACUUAAAGGAUCACUAUAGGGUCAGGAACACAAACAUGUAUUCCUGACCCUAUAGUGUUAACACCACCAUCUAGCCCCCCUGGGCCCCUCAUGCCUUCAUAAAUAUAGCAACAUCUUACUGUAUUCAAGCCAGAAGCUUUAGAUCUGCAUGCUGUUUUCUUCAACAACAAAAAAAGAAGCAGUCUGCUGACAUCAUCAGAAGUGGUAGCCUGAUCCAAUCACAGUUCUUCCCCAUAGGAGUGGCUGAGACUGACAAAGAGGCAGAGCCAGCACAAUCCAAACACAGCCCUGGUCAAUCAGCAUCUCCUCAUAGAGAUGAAUUGAAUCAAUGAAUCUCUAUGAGGAAAGUUCAGUGUCUGUAUGCAGAGGGAGGACACUGAAUGUUUGGAUGCAUUUUAUGUAGCCAUGACCCAGGAAGGAUCUCUAACAGCUAUCUGAGGAGUGGCCAGUGAAGUUAUCACUAGCCUGUAAUGUAAACACUGCAUUUACUCUGAAAAGACGGUGUUUACAGCAAAAAGCCUGAAGCUAAUGAUUCUACUCACCAGAACAAAUUCAGUAAGCUGUAGUUGUUAAAAAUGAAUAAAGUUGUCAGUGGUAAAUAUCAUUAUAUACAGCAGGAUACUCUGAGCCUGACUUGUGCUUUAGGAAAAGCUUUACUAGAUGAGUAGCCUAGCAUAAAGAGAAGGAUAAGCCCAAAGAAAAACUAAACAGUGCUUUCUUUUACCAUACUACCGUCUAAUAGUCCACUUAAAAUAACAGGGGCGGAAAAAGAAAGGAAAACCGACUAUUAAGGUAAAAGCUACCUAAUCAUAAUAGGCCUCUAGAUGUGUUACUGGGCUGGUGAGAGCACACUGCUAAUGUUACACACACACACACACACACACACGCGAGAGGCUAGAUAGUUACUGGAGGGUUAAAAUAUUCUGACAUUAGGCUCUGUAUACAAAACUGGCUUCAUAAGCUGAAAUCGCUUUGCACAUGCACAUAGCACACAGCAAUCUCAUCUACGGAGCUUCCCAGCUGUGCACAUACGCAUCUACACCUCUUCUGGCACCAGGCACAGAUUGGGCAGAUGUGGUAAGAGUGGAACACAGGACCCAGCAUGUGUUCCACAGCCUGUAACAAAAGGACAACGCUCACAGGUCAAGCAAUCCUUCACAAAAGCCAGACAAAGCCAUCCAGGAGCUACAGCCACCUCACCAUAUCUGGCCAAAACACAAAAACAUUAGUAGCCUAAUCUGUUCUGCCAAGGAAGAGAACUCUGCUAACUGAAUUGUCUGUCCUCGGGACAGGCAUACACUCUGGAGCUCAGGGUUGAGUUACCCUUUAUAAGGAUAAGAGGAGAGAAAUUGGAGGUGGUGACUGCAUUUUGUUUUAUAACUACCCAUUUGUGAUGAGCGCCAUUUGGACGUGCCUUUUAACAUAGAUGCUAUUUGCCUUUAAUUAAGGUUUUCAAAAACUGAUAUUAGGAAGUGAUGGAAAUGAGAAUAUUUGUUUUCUGUCACACAGUGUGAAAGAAGCCUGUAUUAUCCUGAAUCUGAAUGUGGGUCCUGCCCUGCUGUUGAAGGAUGUAUUACAAUCUGCAACUCAGAGUGUGGAAAAAUCCAGUUUACACAGCAAGCUUCCUACAGCCACAGCAGCCCUGAAUGAACUUGGUAUUUAUAAACUGGCUCCACAAGAUGUAGAGAUCCUUUUUAAUUUACGAACCAACUGGCCCAAUACUGGAAAAUAACACAUAUAAAUAGAUCACAAAUACAUUUUAUUUUCCUGCUUUUUAAAAUCUCUGAUGUAAAAAAGUGUUGCAACAUCAACACAGAACCCAUUCUUUUCUUGGUGAUAAUGUUACUUUCUGACUUACCUCUGUUUAUACACACUAUAGAGCCUAUUCACUUAACAGUGUAUUGGGAAGAACAAAUUACAGCAUUCAGGCAGGAUGACCCUCUUGUAUACAUUUUCAAAUCCCAUGUUAGUCACUGCUUGGCGGUUAUAGCCUGCAGUGUUCAAAUUUAGUGCACCGCAUUUAGCUAUUUAAUAAAUGAACUCUUAGGGUCUCAGUACAUUCCUGUACCAUUCAGACUGCACAUUUGUGUAUAAUUGUAAAAACAUGACAAGGAAUAGAGAAAUCCAGAUCCUCGGAAAGGAAACAAAGAUUGGCUAAAUUGCAGAUGGACAUAAUAAAAUGUGACUUAUUUCAUUGUAGGCUACAUAUUGGGCUUCAUUGUAUUUUCUCAAAUUAUUUCUGUAUGAAUAUAUAAAUAUGUACAUACAAUUUAUUUUCUGCAGUCAUUUAAUAACAGGAGGUGAGAUCUCUCCAGCAUCUACGAGUGUGGUCUGUUAUUAAGCAAAACCAUUUUAUAUAUUGUCACCUAAAGUAACUCAACUAACUGGUUAUUAAAGUUUUGUAUAAAAUAAUAGAGGUGGUGACAGUUCCCUUCUAAUGUUUAUAUUUAUUCUCCUCUGUAGAAGCCAUGCUAUAAAAAAGUAAGAAAAGCCACGUGGCUAAUCCUCUUUCUAGAAAUCAUUGUAUCGAAUUAGUACAUAGCAGGAAAAUGCAAUUGUGUGCAUAAAAACACUUCCUAUAAAUUUAACUUGAGGUAUGAAGGCACAGUUUUGAGUUAGAUUUUUUUUUUCGUCUACGUUCGCUGAAUCUGCAUGGUUGUACUGUAAGCAUCGUAUAACAUUACAUGGACAAGUGUCAAAUGCUAUAAAACACUCUACUCCAACUGGCAGUUUGAAAUGAAACAAUAAAAAAAAAAAGUGUGUUUAAACAUCUAUGUUCAAUAGUAUACCUCUUAACCAUCCUAUGGGCUGGACAGUCCUGAAGUCAAACUCCUGUUCCACUGUUUGGCUUUCGGUCUCUGUUGUUGAAGAUAUCAAAGAUCAGCUCAACAGAAAGCAUAGUGACUCAUGCUGUGCAAACCGCUCUCUGGACAUUCCAUGCAUGGACACCGUGCAUUCACUCCAGGCUGACACACACCUGUUACUGCAGCUUCAGUGACAUGCCAUAUAGCAUCACUGCACCCCCAUCUCCCCAUCAUAAAAGGAGCAGCCAUAUUAAGGUUUGCUCCACCUCAGGUAGGUCUUUGCUUUCUACAGUGUGCCUAUUGAGUGGCAGCUGUUUACCCUUAUACUCACCUCUGUUGUGUCCACUGUUAUAUCAUUUAUAUUUGUAGAGGUCUUUAUUUUCGAUUUAUAUUUAUG